UAACCCCGCCGACAGGCGACGCAUAGAGUACUGACUACUGAGUAAUAAUUACUCAAUGACUACAGGAGAACGGAGACCUCCAAGCUCCAGGUGAGACCGUGCUGCCGUGGUGUUGACGAUCGGUAGCGCCGAAGCGGUGGCGGCAGCACUCAACCCGCUUGAUGAGUGUGUGUAUGUGCAUAAACGCGCGUACGCUUCACGCCACCACAAUCACUACGCAUUUUACUCGGGGGAUUAAAAAAAAAAAAAAACAAAUUUAUGAAUACGUGAUAACGCUCUUCACGGUCCGGGGCGGUGCGAUUGCGAUAGGUUUGUUUUUAUUUUCAUCUUUGUGCAAUUUAUUUUUAUUUUAAUUGUUUUCAAAAUUUUUUCCGUCAAUUAAUUAUUUAACCAUUUAUUUUGUUUUAUUUUAUUUAUAACAUAAAUAUAUUUAUCAUGUGUAUUUGAAUAUUUAACAAGGUCCUGUGCCCUUUGCGACUUUUAAAAAGAUUUCCCCGCAUCGCCUAAAUAUUGAUGUGCAAGUAAGUAAUUUUGCAGGUGUUUUGUAUUCGUAUAAAAAAAUGUUUGAUUAUCGACGUACAUUUUAAGACUUUUCAUGCUGUUUAAUUUGCUUAAGGUUAAUUUUAUUAAACAUACAAGAUAAGUUACUUAGGUAUUUUUCAAGUAGGUACUUAUAUUUUAUCGUUUAAAAAGUACAAUUAUUAGCUAGCCUAGUAUUUUCUUUUCAAAAAAAAAAAAAAAAACAUAAGUUUUAUUUUAAAAAUUAAAAUCUACUAAUAUUUACCAUUAUUAUGUUCAAAUUGUAUCAAGCAUUUACUUAUAGAUAAUGUUUAAACAAUUAACUUGAUUUUUUAAACUUUCAAUAACAAUCAUUAAACGUUUUUAUAAUUAAUUUAUUUGAUUUUAAAUAUCUCUUAAUUAACUAUCUUUAGCUGUUAUAAAAAUUAAAUUAAAUUUAGAAUGUAGAAUUAGUAAUAAUAUUAAUUAGUGCUAUCAUUAUUAUUAAUUUGAUAAUGGCUAUUUGCAAAUAAUUUGCCUAUAACUAAUUAAAAUUGAAUUACUAAAUUAAUUUUGAUCUCAUAAAUCAAUACAUAAUGUUAAUAUGUUUAUGGGUACACUAUUUCAGAUCUAUCAAUAUUUUAUGUUGAACUCCAUAAUUCUGUGUAAUUGAAUGAAUCUUUAUUACUUACCCAUUUAGUUAUAUAUAAUAAGUUUUGAUAAUUAACUCUCCAUAAGAUAAUAAAUAUAUGUGAUUUUAAUAUAAUUAAAUAUUACUUUAAAAUAAUAUAACUUUAGAAUAUGUUUCUAUAAAUAACAUGAUAAUAUAGAUUGUGUUUUAUUUAAAGAGAUAGUACCCAUUUUUCAAAUUUUCAAAAUAUUGAAAAAAUAAAGUUCAAUAAUGUUGAAAGUCUUCUUCAGUUUCCAACAAAAAUUAACUGUGGAUAUUGGAUCAUUCUGUGAUGCAUAAUAGUUUUCCCAUAAGGCAUGUUUCUUAACUCAAAAAUGAGUUAGAACUCAGCUUUUUAAUAAGUUAUAAUUUGUGUGGAAAAUUUAAUGUUUACAUAAAUAAAAUAUCCCUUAAAUACUUUAAAAUUUCUUUAUUUGAAUACCAUACUUACACCUCUUAAAACUGUUAAUAAUAUUUCAGUACAUAGUUAAGUUAUCUAUAAGGUCUGACAAAGUAAUUAAUUAUUAUUUGGCAAUUAGUAUUACCUAUUGAUUGAAAGACAGUAGUAUAGAUGAUUAGUGAUAGGGAGCUCAGAUAGGUUGAUCAUUGUUAAACACUGAUUGUUUUUUAUUGUAAUUAGUUUUAAUAAUUAUCCUAAUCAAAAUAAAAUUUGUAUUAUUAAUCAACAAUAUCAUAUUUCAUUAUAUGUAUUUGUAUAAAAUGCAACAUAUUUUUAAGAAUACUGUAGUCAGUAGGUAAUUUGGACUUAAUAAUUCAUAAAAAGUUACAUUUUAUAUUAAUAAUAAAAUUUAAAUAUUUAAAUAAUAAAGGUAAUAAUAAUUACUAAUGCACCAUACAUUUUAAUUUCUUGUUUUAAUAUAAUAUAUAUUUUUAACUUGGUGCAAGAAUGACCAAUGUCAAAAAACAAUUAAUUUACAAAAAUCUAGUGUGAAGUAUGUAAUUGUAAUACCUUUUUUUUUGACACUGACCUUUACUGUACUAUGUUAUAAUAUAUUAUUUAUAAGUAUACAUGUAUUUUUUUGAUAAUUCAAUUUUAUAAAUAUAUGGUUCCUAAUCCUAAUUGAUAAUUAAAUAACUAAUAAUCUUUUUAAAUUGUGUGCUAUUUAAUUAACAUAUUAAUUAGUAGUAAAAUAAUAAAGUUUAAAUUAUUGAAUAAAUAAUAUAUGCUUGAUAAAUUUGGAUGAAUGAGAUUAUGGGUCUUCUAAGUUCUUUCUUUAAUACUCAUCUGGAUUCACAAAAAAAUAUUAUUUCAUUUAUAAAUAUAAUUGAUACUUAUAUAUUAUUAUAUGAUAUUUAUAUGAUGUCAAUAAAAAUUAAUUUGUUAAUUAUGCAAUAUUUUGUGUAUUACCUUUGAAAUAACUGAAUGGAUUUUCAAUUUUUUGGUUAUUAUAGAUACUGGAUUAAAAUAAAUUAUUCAUGUACAUAAAAACCAAAAUGCGUAUCAUAGUAUUCAAAAAGCAAAUUAACCUUAAAAUCUGUCAAUUAGUGUAAAAAUAAUAAUUUUUUUAAAACAAUAUAUUAUUUAGAGUGAUAUUACAAAUUAUGUAAUCCAGAAGUGUUAAACUUGUGGCCCGUAAUUUUAACUUGUAAAUUUUCUGAAUACAAAUUUUUUUUUAUAUAAACUCCUUCCUUGAGAUGGCCAAAAAAAUCCAAAAUGGUCUAAUGUAUACAAAUCAAAUCUACAUGGUUUGACUUCCAUGAAUUAUUUGAUCAUAAAAAUAGUAUAAUAUAAUAUAAUUUCUUUUUUCAAGUUAAUAAUAGAACAUAUUUCUUUGUUUGCAACUGCAUUUACCCAAUUCAGAACUUUAUUAUAGGCACAUUAAUAAUGUUUAAUAUAGGUUUUUAUUAAAUUUAUUAUGUGUGUCCCCCAUUUAAAGAAUUAUGUAUAACAGUAUAUUUUCAGUUUUUGUUGUUUUAGCUGUUUAUAUGUUAUGACUUGAACCAAUGGUAAUCCUGAAAUUUUAAUUUUUUUUUAUAGUAUAAUUGAAAUAUUUAAAAUUUUUAAUACCUAUAAUUCAGUUAACUUAAUAUAACAAUAUUUUUUUUUCAAAAAUUAUAUUAACAAUUUAAAAUUGUUAAUACUUAGUUUAUAUUUUCGAAAUUUGUAUAAUUUUUAGUUAAUUAAACUAAGUUUUGGGGUUUGUUAAAUAUUUGUUUAAUGUAAUUACAUUUAUAUUUUAAUUUUACAUAUUAUAUGGACAAUUAUAUUUUUUAACAAAUUUAAUAGAAAUAUUUUAUUUUUAUCUAAACAAUUACUAUGUACUAUUUUAAAUUGUACAUAUCAUUCUUGAUGAAUUAUCAAUGCACAUUUAUUUUUGUCCAAGAUUAUAGCAUUUUUUUAAGAAUUGUUUUGAAAACAAAUUAUUUUAAAUUAUAUUUAUACUAAUAAAUGCAAAGUAAUACAAUAUAAAAUUAUUAAAUCAUUUUUAAUACUUAGGUAUAUCUAUUAUACUUGUACUUGAGUACUUUUAUAUUUUUAGUUAUUAUUAAUCAUCAGUUAAAAUGAUUUCGAAAUUACAUUGUACUAUUUAUAAAUUAUUGAUUAAACAGUAAUUAGUGUUAUUUGGCUAAACUAAUAAAUUAGGUUUUAUAUUUUAUAUACUAAACAAGUUAUCUAUUCUCUAGUUAAAUAUUAAACUAAAAGUAUUUACAUUGGUGUAAUUGAUGACGUGUUUAUGAGUAUUACGUGUGUAUAUUAUGUAAUUUUAUGAAAUUCAUUUAUAUUGCUGAUAUAUUUUAAGUCGUAUAGGUAUCAAUUAAAAAUGUAAUUUAAUACAUAGUUCGUAUUAGUAUUAAAAUACUGUAUUUUAUUUAGAGACAAGCAUAAUAUUUGAUAAGUUUAAUAUACAAUUUUAUUAUAUUAAUAUUUGAAAAAUGUGUAAGUAGUAUUAGGAUAUAAUAAUAAAUUCAAUUUUAGUGAAAAUCUAAAGUUUGUUAUACACGAUAUUAAAAUAACAAUGUGUGUACUAUAAAUAAGUAUUUUUUUUGUUUGUUUUCAGAGCAAAAAGCAAUGAUAAUUAAGUUUUGUUUUAAUAUAAUUCUACUUCAAAUUUUACCAGAACAUCAAUGCCUUUUUGGAAUGACAAAGUAACUUCAGGUAAGAUUAGCUGUAUAAAAAAAAAAAAUAAUAAUGCUGUGUGGAUAAAUUUCAAAAGUUACUUAUUAUUAAUUUUUACUUGUCAAAAAAUUAUUUUUUAUAUAUUUAUUAUCAGAAGAUUUAAUAAAUUAUUAUUAGUUUGAAUCAAUUUAUAUAAGUCAUUAAUUAUUUUCAGCAUCAUAAAUACCAAGUAAGGGAACCGUAGUAAUGUUCAACUUCAUGAAAAAAAGUUCAGGUUCCCACAACGUGGUCAAUAAUGGAAGUAGUUCUGGAUAUGGAUCACAGGGUUCAGCCAAUAAUCAAUCUGAAGAAAAAGAACAAAGAAAAAAAAUGAAAAAAAUGCGAAAAGAAAAAGAAAAAAGAGAAAAAGGCAGCUUUAGUAUGUCAUCUGACGAUUUGUUAAGACUAGAUGAGGUGAGAAAUACCUGAUUAUAUUUCUAAUUUAAAAUACUUUUGUUUACUUUAUAUUUUUUAGGUGAGAAAAUCAUUAAAAUUACGUACAAGACGGAAAGAAAAACAAAAGUUACCAAGUGGAAUAACAGCAGAUUAUAGUGCCAAUUUUUUUGCUCCAUUAAAUCGUGACGAGAUUGAUGAAUCUGUUCAAACACCUCCUCUUCCACCCCGUCGAGGUAUCCUCAAACCACCACCAAUUUUAGAACACGGACCAUUACAAGAUCUUGAUUCAGAUUCCCUUCUACAAACUAAUACAUUAAAAAAUGAAUUAAUAGUUUAUGAAAAUGUACCAAGAGUGUCAAGUAUUGACAGUCUUACUGAUUCAACAACAAAUAGCAGUUUUGCUACACCAUUCAAUCUCAGUCCAUCUGGCAAUGACUAUUUAACUGAUGAAUUUGAUGAAAAUUUAAAACUUCCAUACGUUCCAGUUGUGAAAGUAGAAUCCCGAAUAUUGACUAUAAAUAGAAGAGCUGGCCCUGGUAGUGAUUUUGGGUUCUCAUUAAGACGUGGACUUGUAACUGAAAACCCUACCAAAAAUUUAAAACCAGUAAUUUUUGCUGAACCCGGUCAAGACAAAACACAUUACACAGGACUUCUUCCUGGGGAUAAAUUAUUAGAAGUAAAUGGUAGUCCUGUUUCUGAAAAAAAUAGAGAUGAAAUUAUUGAUAUGAUUAAGUCGUCAGAAACAAGUGUAAUUGUUAAGGUGAAUUAUAUUAAAAUUAUUUUCUAUUCAAAUUAUUAUUAUUAAUUAUAUGUUUGAUUCAUAGGUAGAACCAGCAUUGGAAUUAUAUGAAUUGAGUCAAAAAUUCUUGAGUAGUCAAAAUGGAAGUGCUUCGGUAAGUUACUUAAAAUCAUAGUUGUACUAAUAGAAAAAACACAAUAUGAACAUAAUAGAGCUACAUAAAUAGAUAAUAGAUAUUUGUAAGUUUUGCAUUUGUACAUUAUAUUUAUUCAUGUAUAUAUGAAUUUAUGAUACGAAAACCUAUCUAUUAAUUGUUUUUUUUGUUACGUUUUUGUUACGCCCAGAAAAUACUUCUAAAAAAUAUUAAAAUUUAAAUAGGACAAAAUAUAAUUAGUAUUAUCAGCUAUCUGGUUAGAAACUGAAUAUUUGUCAUAUUACUAUUAUAUUAUUAUUUUAAAGCCAAAUACAUUAUUACUUUAAUAAUUUUUAAGUGGAGCUUGAUUCACUUGAAAAUUAAAUAAAAAAAUAACUCACUAUUUGAUAUUUAUUUUUAAAUUUUUAAAAAAAUAUGCUUUAAAUGUUACAUCCACUAAAUUCUAUGCUAUGUAAAAUUGUACUUAGUACUUCAUGGAGUCAUUUUUAUUUUUAUUCCCUAAUCAUAGUAUUAUUUUUAAUCUUGAAAAUGAGCUUAUAGAUGUGUCACUAUGGUAGGUGGGAAGUUGGGAAAAUAAGAUACAUAAAGCUAUUUAAAUUAUAUCUCUAUAGUGUAUAUGUAAUGAUCAAUCAUUACUAACAAAAACUAUUCUUAGCGAAGUUCAUUUUUGAACUUCACAUGCAUUUCAUAUACUUUGAAAUGCAGUGAUUUUCACAAUUUCCAUUAAAGUUUGUAAUUAUUAAAUUAUGCUCAAAUUUUGUUUUUUUGAAUACUAAUGCAAUAUAUGAUGAACCUUGAGUAAAACAUUCAAACAUUUCUGUUAGACUAAAACAAUUUUAUUCACAUAAUACCGAAUAAAAACUAAAAAAUUUGAAACUGUUAAAUAACAAUAACUAACUAAAUAGUCAUCAGAAUGUUUUGAACGAUUUACCACGCCUAGAAAAGGAAACUAUAAGUAUUUGGUAAAAAUUUCAGAUCUCUUUGAUUAACCAAAUUACAAUGAAAUCAUCACUGCCAUAAACAAAUUUUGCUGUUUUCCCUAAACUUUACAUGGUUUUUCUAAUUAUUAAGAAAAUAAUAAGCAAAAUCAAAAAAUUAUCUUAAUAAAACAAUAAUACAAAAUGCGUUACCAGAAACUACUUAUGAUAUUGAUGAUCGGAAUAACUUUUGUUGUAGAAAAGUUUUUCAAAAAUAAAAAUUAAAUUAAACACACUAUAGUAAAACCAAUACAUUUCUUGUUACUCUUAGAUUUCAUUGAAUCAAAUUGUGUAUAAUUUAAUUUGAGUGUCACCAUUAGGAGGCUUCUUCUAUCAAAAUUUAUAACAUACUGGAUGAUUCAACAUUUAUGUUACAGUCUUUUAUUAUGUAAAUAUUCAAAAUGGAGAAAAAUAUAAAAUAUAAAACUUUUUAUUUAUAAAUAUAAUUUGUACAUUUUUUUUUUAUUGUCUCUUUUUGUGAGGGAUUUUGAUUAACCUUCCACUACUACUACUCUUCUUCUACCUAAAUUAAAAAAAGUUAAAGCUUGUCAAUGAGUUGACAGAAAUUAAAAAUUUCAACUCCUAAAUUUAUUUAAACCAACACUCCAUUUAUUUAUGUAAUUUGAAAUGUAGGUUUUCAUUUCUAUUUCUAAAGUUGACCCAUAAAACCUCUUAAAAAAGGAAAUAUUAUUUUAAGAUUUGUGUAAACCAAAUAACUUUUGUAUUAUAUUUUUCUCUAUUUUUAAUAUUUACAUAAUAAAAUAGGUAUAACAGAAAUUGUGAAUCGUUUUGUAUAAACAAAAUAUUAUUUCAAAUAUGCUUAUUAAGCCCUACAAUACACCUAAAAGAGCCCUAAAAUUUGUAUUGGUAUUGCAAAAAAAAACAAUUAAAACAAUUAAACCAAGUAAAAUGUUAAUUAUAUAAAUAAAAAUAUUUAAUCAAUAGUAUUAGUUAUAAAAUUAUAAUGUUAACAAUAAAUAAUAAUACAAUUAAAUUCAUUUUUUUUUUUUUUAUAUUAUUAUUCAAAAAAAACUGAUCUUUGGUUUUUACCUAGAUAAUGAUGAAUGAAAAAUUCAGAAUUUUACUCUACUGCAAAAAUAUUAAACAUUACAGCCCACCCCAUAAAUAUAUUGUAAUAAUGCCUACCCAAACAAAGUAAUAAAUAUUCAUCAUUGUUGUUUGCUUUGGUGGACACGUGAUCACAUUGUGUUGAGUGCAUGGAAAUAUUUCAAGGUAAUAGAAUUUGCCAGGUUACAAUUUAUGUAAACUUUUUGAUGUUCUAUUGAUCAUGAAUAAUAUAAUAUAUAAUAAAGUGAAUUAUUAACGGUCACUAAGAUGUGUAAAAUCUUUUGAUUAAGUAGAGAUGUCUAUACAAUAGUUCUUUAUCAAAAAUUAUUUGUUAACAUCUAUUUUAUAUUUUACAACAAUUCAUUUUUUAAAUUUUACAGUACAAUUAAUAUUCAUAUUUCAUAACAAAUGUAAAUGUUUGAAUAGGAGUAAAGUAAUUAAGGUACACUUAAGAGUGAAAAAUAGUAUUUCAUUCUUCAGUGAUAAUAAAUUUAAGCUUUGAUAAUAUAUUGUUAUUACUUAUAUUUAUAAUAUAUAAUAUACUUAUAUUAUUAUUUUAUUACUAUACAUAAUUUAAACAAACAUAUUUUAGUUUAUAUGUGAAAGUAUAUCCGUAGGCAAUUUAUCUAAAAAUAUUUUAAUAAUAAAUAGUAUAGAAAUUACUUAUUAAAACUGGAAUCUAUAAUUUUUUAAGGACAGGGAUAAAUCCUUGAAAAAUUAUUUGUUAUAAUACCUGAAAAUGUAUUUUACCAUUUGAUAUUCAUUGACUUACUUUGUGGACGUGCAAAUAUUUUUAAGCAUAGUAAAUACAUACUUUGAUUUUUUUCAUAACUUAAUUGUAAUUUUACAUCCCAAACAAGGGAGCUAUUGGUUUUUCUAAGAUGUUUAUUUUUUAUUUUUUUUUUUAGUCUGUUGACACGUUUUUUCCUUGUAAAUUUGCUCGUAUAUUUAUGUGUAGUAACUUUUCUGAAAGCUCAAUUUGUCUUAAUGGUACUUUAGAGAGGUCAUGUUUUGAUUUUCGACACCAUUUUUAAAUAAAAUCACGAAGAUCGGAAAAAACUUACGAAAACGUACAAUUUCACGAUUUCAUUAUUUUAUAAAAACACGACAACGUUUUCUACCAGAAAAAUAAUUUUAUCGAAAAAUCAUAAAGUACCUUUUCUUUUGCCUUUUUAAUUUACUUUCUUAUAGUAUCAUCGCCAAAACUUUUGAGCCACUUUCGAGUUUUUAAGGAAUUUUAAUUUUUGGGAGUUUUUUGCUGUAAUUCGGUUAUAAAUACACUUUAUUCCUACCACUUUUAUCCUAGAAAACUUGCUCCUAUGUAUUUACCAAGAAGUUAAAAUUGACUUUUAGAAAGAUGCUACAACUUCUUGAUAAAUACUUAGGUCAUUUUUUAAUUUUUGAAUCGGUAUUUAAAAUAAAAAUUAUUAACCGGGGAAAAAAUACGAUUUUUUCACGAUUUCGUUAUUUUAAAUAAGUACCUACCACAUAUUAUAGCACAAAUAUGGCUCCAAUUGACAAACAAUAAAAGACCUUUUUUAUUGAAUUAUUAAUUUUGUUUCCUAAAGUGCAGGUUGUUUUUUGAUUUUUGAAUUAGUUUUCAUAAUAUUCGGGAAAAAACGUAGGAAGGUAAGGUUAAAAAAAAUUAAGGCAUUUCUAAUUAUGUAUUAUCGAACUGCGCUCGGAAUCGUUUAUUGUCAGCAAUUGUUUAUCGUUGUUUACAGGUAUAAAUGAAAUAAUUCUAUGUGUCCUACUUUCCCAACUUCUUACCUACAACAGUGGCCUCACUCGUCCUCAGUAUUAGCUUUUUUUUUUAUUAUUAAAUUGUAUAACUAUUAUUUUGUUAUAUAAAGGAGAUAUUUGAAUAAAUAUUUUAAGUAUAUAAUUACUAUUUAUUGUGAUUACUUUUUAUUUUUAAUUUACUUAAAAAUAAACAUUUUUGGUUUUGAAUUUGAGCUGAUACUAGGAAUAGGAGCUGCCACUAUUGUAGGUGAGAAUUUGAGAAGGUAGGAUACAUAAGGUUAUUUCAUUUACAUCUGUAAGGAACGAUGUGUGUCGAAUAUAAGUAAUAUUACCAAGUUUCAAGUCUCUAAGUGUAUUUAUAACCGAAUUACAACAAAAAAACUCCCAAAAAUUAAAAUUCCUUAAAAACUCAAAAGUUUUGGCGAUGAUACCAUAAGAAAGUAAAUCAAAAAGGAAAAAAAAGGUACCUUAUAAUUUUUCGAUUAAAUAAUUUUUCUGAUAGAAAAAGUAGUGUUUUUAUAAAAUAAUGAAAUUGUGAAAUUGUGCGUUUACUUACGUUUUUUUCUCACUUAAGUACUUUUAUUUAAAAAUUGACGUCGAAAAUCAAAAAAUGAUUUCAUAAAAGUUGCUACAUGUAAAAAUCUGAGUAAGUUUAUUUGGAAAAAACGUGUCUACAGAUUAAAACAAAGAAAAAGAAGAAAAAAAAAUAUAAUUAUAAACAGCAUUGUAAAACCAAUAGCUCCAUCGUUACGCUCGGAAUCUAAAAUAAAAACCUUAUAUUUUAAUUUUGAAUUGGUUUUAUAAUUCAAUAAUUUAAAUUAUUUUUAAAUUAAUAUUUUUAGAUAUUUUCAAAUGUUUAAAUAAAUUAUCAUUUAGGAUAAUUUUGAGAGUAUAAAAUGCUUGUUAGUUCAUUUGAACUAAUUUAUUGUUUAUGAACACUUGUUUGGUUGCGUAGGUAAGUCAUAAUAAUAAUAUGUUAGCAAUAUAUAUAAUGUUUAUAGUUUAAACAAUUUUAUAAUGCAAUUUUCAUAAAACUAAGUAAUUGUUUGCUUAUAAAUAAGAACAAUAUAUAUUUACCUCAGACUUAGUACUUUGUAAAUACUUUUGGAAUUGUAGGAUGGGAAAAAAUUAUCACCCGCGUCAAUAGAAGAGAGCAAUACACUGCUGUUAAACUAAUAGUAUUAAUAUAUAUUAACUAGGUUAAUAAUAUUUUUCGAUGUUUAAUUUGAAAGUUUUAAUAGUUUUCAACUAUAAAAUAAGUUACAAUUUUAAUUUAAGUGCGCGUUGUAUUACCCGUAACUUGAUUAUAAACUAUUUUGCACGGGUUAACUUUUCUUACAUAAUAUUUAUACAUAAAGGAGAAUUUUCUUUAUGCUACUAUAGCGUGCAAAUUAUUUUGAUAACAUACAUUUUAAAUUCUGAGCAGAUCUCGAAAUGUAAUGGUUUUACAAUGAUGUUUUUUUUUUUUUUUUUUUUUUAUAUACCUGAACAACUCUUUCUACUAGCAUGUUUGUUCCGGUUUUAAAGUGAAGUAUUUUUCUGAAAAAACUGGUGGUACUUUAAGGAGAUAAUUUGUUAACUUUCAUAAUAAAUGGAAAAAAAAAAUGUUGUAAGAACUAGAAUAUUUACGAAAAUGAUGCUUUUAUUAUUUUCAAUUUUGUUUUUUUGUUACAACUCAGUUAAAAAUGUUUGUAGAGUCUUGAAAUUUAGACAGAAAACUCAUAUUUGUCUUUUUUAGACGUGGUAAAAUUUAAUAAAUAUUUGGGCCUGUUUUGAGCUAUUUAUAGACAUUUUAAUUUUUGGAAUUUUUUAAGUAAUAUUUAUUUGGUAGACCUACUCUGCGGAUAAAAUUGUUAGACCAAACAGAAAUGCUUGAAAAUUUAAUAGGACGUUCAUGAUAAUUUUUACUUAGUGGGCAAAAAAAGUUUGAUUUUAAUGAAGUAUUUUUUUUUUUAUAAUUAUUUAAUUAUCAAAUUUUGAUGAAAAUAUAAAAUAUUAUGGCCUUUUAUAUAUUAUGUAUAAUAUACAUAUAUAAUUGAACUCCCCUCAGAAUUGUUUUUUUUUUAUCAAAUAUUAUCGUUGCGUACAGAUAUACCUACAUUAAAUUCACCUCUAUAUCCUACCUUCCCAACUUAUAAUAUACAACAGUGGCCCACUCAUUGUGCGAAUAAUGUUCGUCUUCUUUUUCGUAUUUCUUUUAUAAUUUUAAAUAUGUUGUAAAAGUAAGAAAAGAUAAUUAAAUUUUUAAGCUUGCAAACUUUUAAAGCUUUUUUUUGUAGGUAUUGCUAUCAAAUAAAUAUGCAUUUUUUCAUACGGAUGUUUUGGUUAUCUAAGUAGUAGUGGCACUUCAUCUGUGUAGCGGCUUCAUGCACCGAAUUUUAAUUGUGAUCUACUACUUAUACAUACUUUAAAGUGGAAUAUCUUCUUAACAGAUUAACGGAAAUCAAAAAUUUAUUUAAAUUAAUAAAUAUUUCAUCUAUGUAUGAAAUUUUGUAUAUAAAUUGUUAUUUGAAAAUUAAAAGUAGGUAUUCAUUUCACUCCUUCCUAAAACAAAUAUGACAAAAAGUAAUGUUUUAGAGCUGCUUGUUUCUUAAAUUAUCAAAAAGAAUUGUUUAAAAAGUCAAUAAUUUGUAAAAUGUUGAGUAUAACCAUUAAAAUAGAUCAGCCUGUAAAUUAAUGUGCAAAUCAAUUUAUUUGGAGGGGGGGGGGCGAAAUGUAUAGGAAAAAAAUUAAGCAUUUAUAUUUUGCAACACAGAUAAAAUUCAUUUAUACAGAUUAUUUAUACAGAUAUUGUAUUUUAUUAUAUACAUUGCCAGUACCAAUUUAAUUUCUUCAUUUGCUUGACCAUUCAAAUACCGUAUUUUUGAAAUUCUUUUCAAAAGCCGAAAUCAAUAAAAUAAAUUUCAACGUUUUUUCGUAUUUUUCUUUUUAUUUCAUUCCUAUUACCAAGGUAACCAACAAAUCAACAAAUAUCUCUUCUCUGUGUACAUUUUCAGACCUCUAAGUGGGAUAGAUUCGACAGUGGUUCGUGUACAUAUAGACAAAAACUCAUUUAUAUUAUUACUCAUAGUAAACAAUUUUAACACAGUUACGAAAUGAUUCUCAAUUUAAAUAGACAUACACUAUUAUUGUGUGCUUAGAUUAUUUUUCGUGUAAAUGUAUCAACAAAUAAAAAAUUGGCUUAUUCGCUGUUGUAAUUUUACUUUUUAAAACAUUCCUUGUAAAUCAUUUUUAACGUGUGUAAAAAAAAACUUAAGUACACCUUUUAUAACGAAUAAUAUUAUAUCAUUGUCAUAAAGCAAGUGAAAAAAUGUCAACAGGGUGUAGGCGUAUAUACCGCUGAGUAUUACACAUUUUAAAGACAUUAACUUAAUAUUUAUUUUUUAUAAUCAAAUUUUGAAUUAUAUGUUUACGUGUUUUUAUGUAGGUAUUUAUAAUUAAUUUCUGACUGAAAUGUAAUAUUUUAAUGACUCACAAUUUAUUCUAAUCAAUAAUCUUAAUUACAAUAGUUAACUGUACGAAACAUAUUAUUUAGUAUUUACCCAAUUCAUUAUCAUUAACCAAUACCAAUUACGUUUAUAGAAGUGCCGAAAUAGCAAAAUAUAAUACACACAAUUUAUUAUUAUAAUGACCGUGUUAUCAAAAAUAUAAUAUAAUAUGUCAAAUACCACACACUCGUUACGAAAUUCAGAGAUCCCAAAACAAUUGAAAUUCGUUAUAACACCCUAUGUUUUCUUAAUCCGUCGUUUGGGUUGAUAAACAUUUAAUUAUUAAGUAGAAUCUUCUGGGAAAUUGUAGAAACUUAUAGACGAUUGUACAUUUGUAAAAACGAAUAGACCUCAGUGUUAGUAAAACCGUCUUUAUAUUAGCAGAAAAAAAAUUAUGGCUUUAAAUUAUAAUCUCUAUUGAUUACGAGUAUUAUUUAAACAUUUAGUAACGGGGUUGACUCAUUCGUUCGUUAUGUGGUGUUUUAAUGUUUUUUUUUUUUUUUUAAACAAAUAAUUUAUUAUUAUUAAAUAUCGAGUAUUGACAACUAAUAUAUACAUGUAUUUAAAAAUAAUUAUUUAUGAGUUACUUUUUAUCUUUUAAGAAAUAGUUAUAAUUUGAAUAAACUAAUAUUUAUUUUAGUUAUAUUUUUUAGAUUUCGGUUUUACUCGUGAUACGCCCAUUGAAGUAUUUUGUAUUUUCUAAUGGUAUAGAUAACAAAAUCAAAAUGCACUACAAUAAUUAAUCAAUUACGAGUUUACUCUUGUUAUAGGGGCGUGGUGAACGACGUUUCUUGAAUGCAAUUACAUAGUCUUAGAAAUCUAUUAAAAGGGGAGGGAAAGUGAUUUUUUGUGUACUUUGCUUAUGGUAGUAAAUAUGCUCGCAGUUUCAUUGUCACUUCCAUAGUGCACGAUAGAGAAGCGAUAUGUUGUAGGGCAUUUGAAAAGUUAUGUUUUAUUAAUGAGUUUUUUAAUUAGAAAUAGGUUACUUAAUCCAGUAAUUCAGGGUUCGUAAGAACUAUAUUGUAAUUAAAAAAGAUCUGAUACUGGGAACGGGUGUGGCCACUGUUGUAGGUGGGUAGUCGGAAAAGAAGGAUACAUAAAGUUAUUUAAUUUAUUUUUAUAACUAACGAAAAACGAUUCGGCACGAAAUUUAGUUUUACGUGUUUUGAAAGGCUGUAAAUUUGAUUUUAAUUCUUAUCAAAAAAAAAAAAAAUAUAUUGCAUUACACUCAAUUAUUUUUUUUUUUUUUUUUGACUUAUAAGUACGACACAUAAAUUAUGUGUCGUUAUAUAUUCAUAUAGAUAUAAUGAACCUCCUAUCAAAUUUUCAAGCAUUUCUGUUUAGUCUAACAAAUUUAUCCAUAGAGUACUUACAGAAUAAAAAUUAGGUGAAAAACUCGGCAAAGUAAAAUGUCAAUAAAUAGCUUAAAAAUCGCUCAAAUAUUUUUAAAAAUUUUCUACGCUUAGAAAAAAAUAUAUAAUUUUACUAUCAAAAUUUCUUCGAAAAUAUUUUUAACUGGAUUGCAUUAAAAAAACAAAAUUUAAAAUAAUGAAAUCGUAACACCGUAAAUUUAUUAGUUAUUAUUUUCCGGUUUUUCGGAAUUGUUACGAAAACUACCAAAUAAAUCAAAAAUCGAAUAACUGACUCACCCCAAUUAGAUUAAAAAUGCAACAAAACGGGAGGGUCCCUUGUUGUUUUUCUAUUGAAGCAAUAUUUAUGGUAGAAAAUAUGAGCCGUAAAAAUUAAAAAUAAUGAAUCGUUGUUCCGUAAUUAAAAAAAAAUCGUCUUUUACGUCUUUUUUUAGUUUUUUCCGAUUAUUAUGAAAAAUAAGUUAAAUAUAUAAAAAAAAAAAAAAAAAGAUUUCCUUUGACAGUGGUUAUGUUUAAAAGAACAAAAUAUCGAUUUUAUUAUUUUUUCGAUUGGGGCAAUAUUUCCGGUAGAAAACAUAAGUUAAAAAUAUUAAAAACAAUGAAAUCGGUAACGCUGCGGUGCCUCGUAAAUAUUUGUCGUUUUGCACAUAAUUUUCUUUCGGGUUUUUUUCCAAUUAUUUCGAAAACCCCUUGAAAAAAUGACCUCUUUAACGUACCGACUAGACAAAAUUUCCUUUCAGUAAAGAUAUUAUACUCUAUAUAUCGAAGCAAGAUUUCUUUUUGAAAAGUUGUUUUCAAAUAGAAAAUAAAAAAACACGCAUCAUAGUAAAACCGAUGGAUCCUUCGUUACGUUCCGAAUCUAAAACAGAAAUUUGGUCAACGCGCUCUCGGACGGAACGUAAAUAACAAAAUAAAUACGAGUAUUAUAAUGGUACUGUGGUCAAUGGGGUCGAUUGCAGUGUCCGAGACCUUCGUCAUUGACGUAGUCGCUACGGCGGCAACCGCGGGUUCAGUUAAUUCAUCAAUUAAUUAUCAGACUGCCGUUUAUCGUUUCAUUAUAUUAUUAUGAUUCUAGUGUUGUAUUGUCGGCGACGGGGAGUGGGCCGCAUCGAACUUCUCUCCCCGCCCCCUCCUACCCCCUCUAAACGCUCGAACGUUCCAUUGACGGCGGCCGUGCCGAACAGCAGAAGCGGCUCGAGCGCGCGCUAAUCUAAAAAUCAAACCGAACGCGACGCGUAAAUACCGGCAGCUGCGACCACAGUGCGGUUCUCGUGCGGAGUCGCAGCAGUGGCCGUUGAUCGGGCGAGCGUGUAUCUUUAGUACUGUUGCCGCGGCGUGCGUGCAAUAAUAUUUUACGACGUCGCGUAUAGUAAUAAAUAAGUGAAUAAAAUCGCUGGCAGCUAUUGCGGACACGAUCGUAAAAAUUAAAUUAUCGCUUAGUGGUUUUUUUUUUAUAUAUAUAUAUAUAUAUAAGUUCUAUUCGAAAAUCUGGAGCGUCGUCGUUCGCGGAUGAUUCGCGCGCGUUAAAUUUCCGCGGUCCUCAAAUGUUAACGAUGUCGCCGGGCGCACUCCAAGGACAGCGAACUGCGGGACCGCCGAAAGUGGUCGGCGAGAUACUGAAAGGAACCGCCGCCGCGCCGGCUUCUGUCGAAGGGACCGCGUCCGUCCGGAGGCGCGUCGCCGGAGUCGCCGAACAAUCGUCCGGGGCACCGGCGGCCGCCGCCAUGGUGUUGGCUAAGGAUAUGGCGACGGGCCGCAAGUCGGCGACCGGCGUCGGUUCUCAAAGCCCCAGAGCCGCCCGGGCGUCCAGUAUCCCGGUACGGCCCAAACCGGUCCCGCCCUCGGUGCUCCGGAAAACGGUGUCGGUGCCGCUGGCGGCCGACGACGGCAGGAAACGGCAGCGGCCCAAGUGUCUUAAUCGGCCCACGUCCACCGAACGCGUCAAGGUAUAUACGUAUAUUGUAGUAUGCAGUAUACCUAUAUUAUUAUCGCGCUAGUGUGUGAUAUCCGCUUGUCGCGAACGAGGGCAGUACACGAUAUUAUUAUACAUAGGCGUGCGACUGGUUUUCUACAGAUACUCGGCACGUCUGAAUUUGUAUACACACACACACACACACACACAUUACAUACGUUUGGGCGUGUGCGAUCCGUUUCCGUCGACGUGCGACGAUUGUGUAUACAAAACAUAUGUAUACAUAUUACGUACAUAAUAUACCUACUAGGUAUUUAUUGUAUUUAAACUUUGCGUCGUUGUUUUCCGGUUGGUGUGAAAAAAAAAAUUUUCCGACCGUCACAUUUGACGGUUUUUUGUGCGAUGUUAAAAUAAUAAACGUUUUUCAAUAUUCUGUAAAAUAUUGAAGGCGCGUCGGUACAAUUGAAAUCGGGGUCCGUCAAUUAUGAAACGACAAUAUUCUUGGCGCUAAAAUAAUGACGUACCCUAUGUCAUAUUACCACGAUGUCUCGGGAUUUUCGUUUUUUUUUUUUUUUUUAAAUUUUUUUUUGUCGCUUACAAACCGGUAAAAUUAAAUAGUUUUCCCGUACCAGUUUACCCGGUCCUAGUAUAUAAUAAUAUCAUAUUAUUAGUCGUUAGAUGAUGCAGACUUGAGCAAUCCGGUUACUAGUUCAGCGAACAAACUGUUAUACUGUACAGCAAACAAAACCUUUGGGCGAUAUAUGUGCGACCGAUUAGCAAGCAACAAUGCAACAAACGUUUUACCGAAAACUAAAAAAGGCUUAACAUCACAGUGUUCGAUCGGAAAAAUUAAAUAAAACUUUAACAAAGACUUCCGUCCCUUAUAAUUAUCGAACUCCCCGUCUAACCAGCGGGGAGACUACUCGUUACAUUUCCCUCGCGCCAAUUUAUUUGUACGAAAAUUAUUUUUCUAACCAAAAACAUUGCUCUGAUCUUCAACUGCAAGAGAGGUUUUAAGUAGAACAAAUUUGUUUUUGUGGUCGUUAAGGUAAUUUUGUAUUUCCUUUGUAAUUUGAGGGAAAAAGAAACGCCUAAAAAAAAACGUCGAUUAACUGGAAUAUGUAUACGCGCAAUAACGGUUUCUGUUAUAUUCGGUUUUGUUGUAAUUCAGUAAAAAAAAAUCGUAGAGACUUGUUUUUUUCCUUAGAUAUUUAUAUUACCCUUUUCCAGGUAUGGUAUACAAUUUUCAAUUGAUUUUUUGCAGCCAUUUAAAAUUCUCGAAUUUUUUUUUAUGUUGAUAUAAUUAUUUUGGCCCAUCGAAAAUACUCGAUAAUUAAAUACAAGGUUUAUCAUAUUAUGAUAAAUUGUAAUAUUAGUAGCAAAUAAAAAAGAAAGUUGAGCGAUGAUGUAGUAAUUUUUUUUAUGGCUGUUUUAAGUUCGAGUUUUAAUGGAAAUGCAUUUUGAUAAAAAUUCAAAAAUAUGUACCGACCUACGCGUGUCAUUUAAGAUGUAGGGUUUUUAAUUUUUCUACAAUUUGGUUAAAUUAAAAAUUUGAUAUAUUUUUUUCACGACCACCUUGAUGAUAAAAAUUCCAUUAUUCUACAGCCCGAUAUCUAUUUAAGACAGGGUCUGGCCGGUUUCAUAGACGAACAUGACUAAGACCGCCUAACCAAACUUUAGGAAUAGCGUUUGACGGAUUUCAAUUUUUGAAAACUGUUCGUUAGAUUCUUAAUUAGGAUAUAUUGUAAUAAUGUUAGUUUUUUUAUCGAAAUUAAAAGUAAAAAUACUUAAAACAAAGUUUUCAACAUUUUUUCGCAAUCAAAUUAUUUUGCGGUUUCCAUUUAAACUGUUAUUUCCAACACAUCCUAGUAAGGAAUCGAAGAAAUAAUCAUCAAAAUUGAGACCUCUCGAGCGUAGUUCUUACAGUUUUGUCUGACCUUUGGGCCACUCGCCAUGCCCUUAAAACGUAUAUGAUAAAGUCAUGCUAAAAGGUAUGCAAAAAUUACUUUUAAUACACUGGGCCCCCUGCAUGCUUUCCCUCCCAAGUCCUAGCGCUGCGGCCUGUAUUACAAUAGUACAUAAUAUUGUCUAUAAUAAUCAGAAAUCAGUUGUGCGUUCUGUACGUGUUUUUCUGCCGAUUCGAUACCGAUUUUAGCGUCUUUUCUUGGUCUAAAAUCGGUGCCAAAUCGUUUACGGACCGUACGAAUCGUUACUAUGUAGUAUACUAAUAUACUGUACGAUAUAUAUAUAUAUAUUCGUCUCUGUUAUUAUUAUUUACCCGUAUAUAUAUUACUCAGUGUGAUGUGCGUGCAUGUGUGUCUUAUGACGGACGCAUUAUGUAUUAUACUCGCGUGUUCCGGAUUUUCGCUCGCGCGUUUAACGGGUUUAAAUUUGAUUUUUUUUUUCCCUUCCUUUCUUCUCUCCCUUCAAGCCGUCGAUCGAACGUCGUCCUUAUAAACACCGGUCCCCGUCGCUCGGCGGCGUCGACGUCGACGUCGUCGGCAUUUAAACAGACGUUAUAUUAUAUUCUCUCACUUACUGAUUGUACACUCCGCGUUUACUUAAUAUAAUUCAUAUUAUAAUCGUAUACGCGUUUUUUAUAUAUAUAUAACGGGUUCCGGUGCGAUGGUAUAACGAAAAACCCGGACGUAUUGUUCCGAACGACCCGGCACACACGGCCGUCAAUAACAAUUUAUUGACCCCAAUGACCAUUUGGCAAGAUUACUAUUAUAUCCCAUGGUGUGUUAUAUUCUCGGGCGCACGUUAAAUAUCGUACCUAGAUAUUAUAUUAUUAUUAUUUGUAUUAUUUUUACGUAUGUAUACAUUAGGGGUGAGCGCCCCUUAACGAGUGACAAAAGCAAAAUAUAAUUUUUCAAUAGUCUUACGAAACCGGUUAGAAGAUAGAGGGGUUCUCAUUUGUUAAACUCAUAUAAUACGAUGAUGGAUGUGGUAGUUGCGGCCAUAGUUUAUUAGGAUGACGCGAAUCCUUAUUAUAACUAACUUGGUUCACUUAAUGCUACUGCGAAGGGAGAGGGGUGGUUCUACACGUGUAUUUUAUGUUUUUGAUUCUAAGUGAAGUGAGAAGAAGAAUCUGUUAUAGUAAAACUAUAUGGUGUGCGUUUUUAAAGGUUUUGCAUCUGUAAACGACUUUUCUACCAGAAAUCUCGCUCCGAACUGAAAACAUUAAUGUGAAUAUUCUUGUAUAAUAUUUACGAUCUAAUAAAAAAAACUGAUAUAUUGUGUAGGUCAUUUUUUGAUUUAUCUUAUAGUAUUUUUUUAAUUUCAAGGAAAAAGUGGCAAUUUUUUUACGAUUUUUAUCGUAUCCGCGUUAUGCCUCAAAACUCAAAUUUGUCUUUUUUAGACUAAUAAGUACAACUUAUAAUGUACGUACCAUGUGUUAAAUUUUCAAGCAUUUCUCUUAAGUCAUGCAAUUUUAUUAACAUAUACCUACUAAAUAAAAAUACAAACACCAAAAAAUAAAAUACCUGCAAAUGGGUAGAACACGGUUGCGUACGAAUUCGUAUGCAACGUUGUCAAAUUUAUAUAUUAUAUAUUCAAUAAUUAACCAGUUCAAUAAUUUUAUCUUAACUACGAAAAAUAUAUUAUUAUUAUUAAUACAAUAAUUAAUUCUUAUAUUAUAGUAAAUAAAUAAAAUCAUAGUUCAAUUAAUAAUUAUUUUAAAUACCUAAAUUUUAAUUCCUGAAUAUCCAUAACCUUAUACUUUUAAAUAUUUCAAUUCAUUUGUAUGGAUUUUGGAUUUUAUACUCAUCAUAAACCUUUAUAAUAUUUUUUAAUUCGAAUACAAUACUAUUUUGCCAUUUACUUCAUUUUUCCGUUAUUAAUUAAUUGUAUAAUUGGUCUUGAUUACUAAAAAAUUUUAGAUUUUAUAAGUUUAAACGAAUUUUCGAUACUACUGAAUGUCGAUAAAGUAUACACAUGUCUGACGAAUUGAAGGGCAGAAAAUAUCUACAUAUAUUUGAAAUAACGAAAUUUCGAGCAUAUUAUAAUAUAUAUGUAUUCGAUGUUGUGUUGAUUUCGUUAAUAAUAAACGUUUAUGGAAAAACGCAAAAUAUUUAUGAAUUAUUUCUGGUUCACUCGUGUGGUAUAUACCGGUAUGAAAAUUGGUAAUAACGCUUAAAAUUACGUACGCAAUUGUGUAGCUUAAAAAGGUAUCAACCGGUAACAAACGUACGCAAUAGUGUUUUACCCCUACCAAUAGCCUAAAAACAAUUAGAAUGUUUUGAAAAUUUUAUCACGUCUAUAAAAAUUUAUUUUUUUGUGAAAAUUCUAAUAAUUUUUAACCGACUAACAAUAAAAAACUCAAAUGUCGUAAACUUUUAUGUAUUUCCUACGUUUUUCCCGGUUUUUCGUAAUUAUUAAAAUAAAUAUACGGAAAAUCAAACAACGACUUUCUUAUUUACACACAAAAUUUCUUUUCAGUAAAGAUGCUACACUUAUAACUACAUAUUUCGGAGCAAGGUUUCUGGUAGAAAACUUGUUCACAGAAAAAAAAAUAAACAUCACUGUAAAACCAAUACAUUCCUCGCAUCGUUUAGAAUCUAAAAAUACUUCAUACAUUGAAUUUAUUUUUCUACUAAGUAUGAUUUAUAACCUAACUUAACCUCAUGUGCUCAAUUUUUAUGCAUUUCUGUUUAUUCUAAUAAUUUUAUCCGCAGAUUAUCUACCAAAUAAAAUGCACGUAAAAAUCUCUCAAAAUUAAAAUUUCCAUAAAAAGCUAAAAAAUAUCAAUAUUAAAAAUAAUGUUUUAAACAUUUUACCACAUCUAGAAAAAGCAAAUAUAAGUUUUCUAUUUAAAUGUCAAGUCUCGACAAAUAUGUCAACUGAAUCACAAUUUUCUUGUUGUUUCUACAUUUUUUCCGGUUUUGCUUGAUUAUUAUAAAAACUACAAGGACAUUCAAAAAACGACUUUCUUACCAACCAUUUCUUACUCACUAGUUGAAAUUAGUUAAAAAAUAUAACAAAAAGAGUCUUUUGUUAUUUUUCUAUUGGAGCAAUAUUUUUGGUAGAAAAUAUUGUGUGUAAAAAUGUAUAAUAAUGAAAUCGUACUUUGUAUAUUUGUUGGUUUUUUAAUUUGUUGUCUUUUUCUGGUUUUCUUAAUUUUUAUAAAAUAAAAUGUCUUAGAAAAUCAAAAAUACAACUUAUUUCUUGAGUAACUAGAUUCAAAAUGCAACAAAAAAGGUCUCUUAUUAGUUUUCUAUUGGAACAAUAUUUCUAUAAUUGAACAUACUAGAUAAAAUUUCUUUACAAAAAAGUAGCUAUACUUGAUACACCGGAGCAAGAUUUCUUUCGAAAAGUUGUUUACAGUAGAAAUAAAACUACUAGAAAUUACCAAAAAAUAAAAAAGACUUUAAGUAAAAUCAAUAAAUCCCUCUACUCUCUGAAUCUAAUACAACUAAUAUAAUACUCUGCUCAGAAUCGUUUUUCAUUCGUAAUGGUUUAUCGUUGGAUAUAGAUAUUAAUUAAAUUAAACCCUCCAUUCAACAUUUAUUUUAAAGCAGUGACACGCCCAUCAUCAAUAUCAUACUUUUUUUCUAUUAAUCAUUGAUGCCACGUGAAAUUAGUAUUAUUCGAUAUGACGCGUUAACGAGUUAGAACCAUUUGUGUUUUGAUUUAACAAACUGUAUUUUUUACUGGCAAUAAUAAAAACAAACAGCUAUUAUAUUAUAUUAUGCUAAUUAUUGUACAUCAUACUCUGAUCUAUUCAAGUAUUCGGUGUUUACUAUAAGUGAUAAACUGAUAAUGUAUGUGCCCAUCUUUAAUAAUAUUAAUUAUUAUUAUAUUAGUAAUAGGUAUUAAUGUAUUAUAAUAUCAUGUUACUCGAGUGAGUCUUAGUAUAUUAUUAUUAUACUAUUAUGACGUGUUUAACCCGAUAGUUAAAAUAUUAUAAUUCAAUUUUUGUAUAGUUUUCAAUAUGAGUGAAUUCAGUUUUUAAAAUUGUUAAAUGGUUGAAUUGCUAUAUGGUCUAUAUAACCAAAAUAUUCGUUUUAAUUUACAGUAUAAAUAUGAUAGAAUAUACAUAGGUACAUUUUUAUCAUUUGAAACGAAAAAUAAAGGGAAACCAAAUCAUAUCAAACAAAAUUAUAAAAAAAAAAGCCAAUUAUGGAUUUAAGCUCUUUUUCCCCUAGACCAAAGAUACAUUAUUAAGUACUUAUAUUAUAAUAAUACAUGCAAUUGAUAAAAGUAUACCUAUUCAAUUGUUAUUACCAAUUUUUAAUAAAUAGUUAAAUAGAUUUCAUUUUCUAGUAAACGACAUGCACGUAACUUGCAGUUUUUUUGAUCAAAACAUACUUUACAAGAGAAACUCAGCCCUCGGAGAAUUUCGAUAAUUUUUUUUCUGGUUGGAAAGUCUUCGGGCGUUAGUCGUUGGAUGUUCCCGAAGCGAGAAAUGUAUUGGUUUUAUAGUAAUGUUUAUUAUAUAUUUAUUUUAAUCUGUAAACAAUUUUUCCACCAGAAAACUUGUUCCGAUUUUCAAGUGUAGUACCUUUUUCUGAAAGGAAAUUUUAUUUCGAUGAUACUUUAUGCCGGUCAUUUUUUGAUUUUCCUAACAGUUUUCAUAAUAAUUGGAAAAGACGUAGGGAAACGGGAAAACUUACGAAAUAUAUUUUAAUUUGUUUUUAUUGUGAUUCAGUAAAAAUAUUUAAUAUUUGUAGAGACUUGAAAUUUGGAAAAAACACUUAUAAAUGAACUUUUAUAGACGUGGUAACAUUUUCAAAACAUUUGUGCCAUUUUUGAGCUAUUUAUAGACAUUUUCAUUUUUUGAAUUUGUAUGUAAUUUUUAUUCGAUAAGUGGAUAAAAUUGUUAGACCGAACAGAAAUACUUGAACAUUUAACAAGAGGCUCAUUAUAAACCGUACUUUGUGGUCGGAAAAUAAAUUAAUUGCAAUGUAGAAUUGUUUAUAUUAUUUUUGGUGAAAAUCUUCAAUAUUACGAGUUUUCAAUGUAUAACUGAACUCCGCCAGAAUCGUUUUUCAUUUAAAAUAAUUAAUCGUUUCGUUCUAAUAUGAAUAAAAUUCUUCAUUCUGUCCUAUCUUCACAUUUUCUCACCUGGUGGCCUACUAAUCGUUCGAAGUAUGUCUGUCUUUUUUAUAAUCUCUUCUAGAUACUACAUUAAUUACAACUUAUAUAGGUACUCGUAAUAAUUUAUCGAAAUGUUUAUUUUACAUUUAUUUUUGUUUUUUUUGUUUUUUUUUUUUUUUCAUACGAAAUAUUUUCUUUAGGUUUGAAUAUUAUUAUGCACUUUUCAUUAUAUGUUCUAAUAAUGGGAUUCGGUUCGAGAUAUUUAAUUUUACUAGUUAGUUUUUACUAUUUAAUUUUAGAGUUACGCCACAAUUCGAGUUUUACGUUCAAAAUAUCGCAAUACAUGACGUUGUUUAUUUUUCAGCUGAAAAAAAAAUCAUAUUAUGGAUUUAAAUAUUUGACAUUUUGAUGAAAUUUGUAAGAUAUUGAUACGGUUCAAUUGAAUUGAACGGUAAAAAAAAUACACGAUUCUUUACACAUCAACGCAUUUAUUGAAUGCGCUUGCUGUUGCAUCAUACUACAAUAAUUUUAAAUCGAUUGUAUUUUAUUAUAACACAUAGAUAAUACACUUUAAUAGAAACUUAUGGUCAAUUUACUUUUUACAAUUCUUCGGUUAAUAUUUGUAUUUUUAAAAUCGAGUUAAAUAUUAUAUCUUUACGAUAUAAUGUUACAAUAUUACGUUGUUGUUUUCAAUUAAUGUAAUACCAUUAAUUUCUAUUGAAACGAGAUUUUAUCGAAUCUUCAGUAGACAAUUUUUCUAACAGUGAAACACGGUAAAUUAUUUGUGAUGAGCACAAUUGACUAAAUUCGAUAGUUUUAGUUAAAACUUUUGAAGACUAUGAAUGACUAAUCUUAUAAUCGAAUACUUUUAACUAUCGAAAUAGUAUUCAAUAGUUAUUAUUAGAAUAUUAAAAAAAUUUGUAGAUAGUUUUUAUUCGAAUGGUAAUGCAAUAUUAUGCCGCAUUCUACUUGAGGUGGGAAGAAUAAAAAAAUUACAAAUUUAAUCUGAUCGAUAAACCGGUCGAAUGAUCCUUUAACUUAUUAAAUAACUCGAUAGUUUAAAACUAUCGACUAGUUGGAUUUCAUUUAAUUGUGUCAAUCACUGUAAAUUAUAAUACAUUGAUAAAACGAGUUAUAUACGUUUUAAUAGUUUUUUCAUUUUAAUUAUUAAUUUUCUAGACAAUCUGUAGUUUUUUAAACGAGUCAAUUGUUUAUCUAAUGGUUCAUUGAUUUUCAUUUAUGAUUUUCGGAAGGCACUACGAAUUUAUUGCUUUGAAAAUCGUUCAACCGAUCUUAGAAAAACUAAACAAAAAGUAAUAUUUUUAAUAGUUUUAAUUUCGAAUGUUGUUUCACGUCUCAUAAAGCAAACAAAAAUACUUAAACGUUUAGAUUUGUUUUGGUUAAAUACCUAUACAGUAAUAAUUAUUUUAAUACAGUUAAAACACUAUAAUGGGUACAUUAUAUUGCAAAUAAUAAUAAUUUACAUAAUAGUAAUUAUUUUUCGUUAGUUUUAUAUUUUUUGUGACAAUAAUUAUCAUUAAACUAGUUUAGAUAUAAUAUAAUAUUUUAUCUAAUUGAAUGUAGGUACUCAAAUUGUAUAAUAUUAUACGCAUUUAUAUUAUAAAUAAUAUUAAUUUAAUAGAGAUAUAUUGUUAUUUGCUACGAUAUGCGUAUUCAAUUUUUACAAUUUAUAGUGUUUCUUGUACAAACAGGCGGCCCCGAUUCUAUAGGUUUUUUAUUGAAUUAUUAUGGACUACGGUCAUAUUACUUAUUGAGUAGGUAUACCAGUUUGUUAACGAUACGAAAGUAAUGAAAUAAUAAAAUUAAAAAUAUACGAAAUUAAUUUACUUUUAUAUUUCAGUAGAAUUUAGUAAAACAACGUUUUUAUUUAUUCGUUAUACUCUCUGCGUGUUUAUGUUUUAGCGUAUAAUCCCCAUUAUAUUUUAUUAUAUUGUAGGUAUAAGUCAAAAUUAUUAUUAUUAUUUUUUUAAAAAACAAACAACUGUUAAUAUUAUACAACUACAAUAAAUAGUUUAACUGUGUAAUAUUAUCUCGUAUUUUGCUUAUUCACAAUAUAUUUUAUUGUAUUCAGGGUCAGAAAUAUUUUUAUACAAUUGCAUUGGUUAACUGAUAUAAUAUAAUUUUAACUAUACUGGUGUAUAUACUAAAAUAAACAAAACACUUGUUUUUCUCAACUUUUUGAUGAUAUGAAAAUUUACAUGUAUUGGUGACUAAUGAUUAGUAGUUCUUCUUCUACAUUGUUUAUUAUCUAUAUUUGCUACCAAUACAUUUUUUUUUUUACUUUAAUAUCAUUGAUCAAUUUAUUAUAGGUAGAUUGUUGUUUGUAAGAUAACCAUUUUUAUUUUUGGUUAGCCGGGUUUUUUUUUUAAUGUAAACAGCUGUCUCUCAUCUAAUUUUUUUUUAGUGUUUAACAAUACACAUUUUCCGACAGUUUUUUAAAAUCUCAUUGUUAUUUUAGUGUUUUAGAAACUUUAUAGACAAAAUGUUUUUCUUAUCUCCAAAGCAACCGCGGUUGCGGUCAUUGACCAUUAAGGCCAGACAUACUGACAUUGUUUUUUCUCAUUAUUAUCUCACGUGUUUCUUCCAUUAUUAAAACAAUAUUUGUACAUCUGUUUGUAUUAUAUUCUACAGAAAUUUCUCGUCUGCGAACUUGUUGGAUUAUAUUUUACGCGUGUUUAUAAUGUAUAUUUUAUUAACACAUUAAUCAUAAUUCAAAAGAAAAUUAUGUACUAACAAAAUAAAACUAUGUUGUUAUUGGUACCUACCCAAUACAAAAUAUUAAACAUUGAUUUGUAAAAUGUGAAAUAUGUUAAAAUUGUAUUAAUUUUUUAAUCAUAAGUAUUUACCUCAUAAUCUCAAAUGGCUUCAAAUACUUUCAAUAUUUACUUUCUUUCACUUUCUCUUAAUUAUUGGCGAAUGUAAUCAUCUAACAGAUCUGAGUGGAUUUACAGUUUAUUUUAUUUUAAAUAUUAUAUAGAUAUAUGUAAUAAUUAAUAAUUAUACAUUUUGUUAUAUUUAUAGAUACUUGUAUAUUGAUAAGACUGGUUAAUUUUUUUAUUUUAGGUUUCAAAAUCGGAACUGGAAAUUAACGAUUCACCAGCCGAAUUAGAUUCACCUGAUUCUGAUGCGUAUUGGUUGGUCCACAAUGAAGGUUUUUCCCCUGUACAAUAUACAAGGAAAAAAAGUUCAGAUAGUACAUCAAAAGUAUUGGUUAAGGUUUUCGGGGGUAAAGAAUAUAAUGUGGAUGAAGAUAGUCUAGAAAAAGUAAGUAUUUAAUUAUUUUUAUAAAUUUAAGCAUUAAUAUUAUACAGUGUGAUCAUUUUUCAGGUAACACUAAUUAUUUUGGCCGGAUGAUCUUGGAUUUAAAUAGGAUUUUCGGGAGGUAACAGGGGCUACUGAAAUACACAUUUUAGGAUACAUUAUUACCCCUUAAAAAAAUGAAAGAGAGAGCCAUUUAUAGUUGAUUAAUUAAUAUGAUUUUUUUCUUGAUUAUUCUAACAAACUUAAAACAUGUUAUUAUGAAUGAAUAAUUUUAUGAUAAUCUUUACUGAUAGUUUUUUUUUUUUUUUUAAUUGUUAAGUUUUUUUAGUUAUUUUAAGUCAUGGGUUUUAAAUUUUUUUUUUAUUCUAUAAUUGAUCAAAUUUAAUUGAUUUGAUCUCUGGUCAUUUUUAAAAAUUGUAUUUCAAAGUUGCUUAAAAAAUAGCACUAUUCAAGAGUUUAAAUUUAAAAUUUAUACUGAUAUGUGUAGUUCAGAAUAUCAUAUCAUCUCAAAGAAACCAAAGUUAAAUCUGAGGCCUAAUUAAAUAUAUUAUGAUCUCAAAUAACAGAGAAAAAAAAUGUAAAUGUAAAUUACUGUUUAUUUUUAGAAGCGUAUUUUUAGUACAAUUUAUUUUUUGCGUACCUCCAAUUAAUAAUUUUUGGUGUGAUAAUUUUUAAAGAUUUAACUAUAUUUAUUGAAAUCAUUUUUUUUUAUAUUUUAGAUGAAUCCUGUAAAAAUGCAAUUGGUUGAUGAUUUAUCACAGUUAAACUAUUUAAAUGAAUCCAGCAUUUUAAAUGUAAUGCGCAGCAGAUACACUUCAAAUCUUAUUCACACAUAUGCUGGACCUACAAUGUUAGUCAUUAAUCCAGGAUCUCCAUUAAAUUUGUAUACUGAUAAGGUAAACAUUCAUACUUAAAUUAAAUAUUAUUAAAGGCUAUUAUAUAUAUAAUGUGGUACAGGUUAUGCAUAUGGUUAAAAAUCUUCAUAAAAUCAAUAAACAACCACCACCCCAUGCUUAUGCUAUGGCUCAGUCUGUAUAUAUGGCAGCUGUGACUACACGUCGUGAUCAGUCUUUGAUUCCUAUGGGAUGUCAAGCUAGUGGGAAAUCAACUUCAUGUAAACAUUUAUUGCAAUAUCUUCUGUUAACAGCUGUAUCUCCUAAUAAAGUAUGAAGAUAUAAUAUAUAUAUAUAUAUGUAUCCUAAAAUAUAUUGAACAUUAACCAAUUUAAUAAAUCUUUUAUUAAUUAUAUUUUUAGGUUGUUACCUUAGAAAAAGUUGAAGCCAUGUGGACAGUAUUAGAAGCUUUUGGAAAUGCAGCAACUGCAAAUAAUCCAAAUGCUACUAGAUCUGUGCAUUUAUUUAGCAUUGAUUUAGAUCAAGGAGGACAAAUUGCUUCAAUGUCCAUACAAAUGCAUUUUUAUGAUAAAUGGAGACUUAUUGAUCAUCCUCCUAAUGAAUUUUCUUUUCAUGUAUUUUAUUUCUUACUAGCUGGUAUAGAAAAUAUUCCUUCUCUGCGUAAAGAAUUAUUUUUAGAUCAAAUUAAUGAUGAGUUAAAGGUGUGUAAAAGUCUGUUUAACAUAAAUGUAUCAACUAUAAUACUUUUUUUUUUUGUUAUAGGGAAUUGAUAAGAGUCAAGCAACUGUAGAGUUUACCAAACUUCAAUCUGCAAUGAUGACUCUUGGAUUUUCUAACACCGAACUUAAAGCAAUUUAUGCAGUUUUAGCAGCUAUUAUACACCUUGGUCAAACAAAAAUUGUGAAAAAAGGUAAUAAUAUUGCAAUAAAAAAUGUUUUUAUUUCUUAUUUAUUAAAUUAUUUUAUUUGUUUUUAUUUAGACAGCAUUUUCAAAGACAAAGUACAAUGGACUUGGAGCAAUUCUGAUGCAGCAAAACGGGCUGCAAAAUGUCUUGGUGCUGGAAAUGCCGAUGAUUUGUUCAGUUUAGUAUUUCCAGAUGUUGAAUUAUUUAAUGAAUGUGAUAUUGGUGAUCAAUUAAAUGCUUUAAUAGUUGGACUAUAUACAGAAACGUUCAAUCUUGUGGCUUCUAUUAUUAACCGGUAUAUACUGUUUUAAAAUGUAUAAUUAAUAUAUUAUUAAUAAUAUUUAUGUUUUUUUUUUUUUUUAGUAAAUUAGCUCCAUCCAUCCAUUCUCUUUGUUCAAUACUAAUUCCAGACUAUCCAGGUUAUAUUAUUAAGUCAAAGUCAGCAUUAAGCAUGUUUGAUUUCUGGAUUAAUUAUCUUCAUGAACGUUUGUUAUCGAGCUAUCAUAAUUAUGCUGUUGUCGCCCCAUUAGAAAAGUACAAGAUAGAAAAGGUAGAAACAGCUGCUAGUUAUGAAGCCGAGUUUUGUGCCGAAGAUCAUAUGUUAAAAUUAUUUGUUGGAGCUAAAGCAGCUGUUGGUUUUGGCCGCAGUCCAUCAAUGGUAGAUUUAAAACAUGAACCAUGCCCUGGUUUAUUAAGAAUUCUAGAUGAUACUGCUGGUGAUAUUAAUUCAACAGACCAUGAUCUUAUUGAAAAAAUUCAAAACCUAUCAAAUGAUAAAUGUUAGUAUUAAUAAUUGAUAAUCGUUAACAUUUUAAUAUCAAUAAUUGUAUUAACUUUCAUUUGUUUUAUUUUAAAUUACAGCAUUUUCAAAUAUUCUAAAAAAAGCUAACAAAUCUGAUGAAUUUACUCUGAUUCACUUUCGUGAAACUAUUCCAAGUACUUACAAUAUAAAUGGAUGGACAGCUAUGUGUCGUGACUGUAUGGCAAAAACAGCAAUUGCAUUACUCCAUGACUCAUCUAAGUAAAGUAUUUAUUAACAAAUAAUUUAUUGUAUAGGUAAUGUUUUUUUCUCAUUUAGCAUUGAUAUUUCAACCGUAUUUUCCAAAAAUCGAGGAGCCGGCCUUACAAGUACAUUGGCUAUUGUUGAUGGAACACAGUCAUUAAGACGUAUGUCUAGUAUUAGACGAGCAACAUUUGGUAGUCUCAGUACAACAGCUACAUUGAAAAGAAAAUUAACAUGUGUUCAAAUAAGAUUUGCUGUGGUGAGUACCAUAUGUAUACUAGUUAUUGUAAGUUGUAAAUUUUAAAUUAUUUUACAUUGUCUUUUUUUUAGGAUGGGCUAGUUGAAACAUUAAGACGGACUGGACAGCACUUUAUUCAUUGUUUUAUUGCACAACAUGAAGCUGGUUUUACUAAUCGUACUGAUGUUCCUGCUACUAGGGUUUUUCAUUCUAUGUAUAAAUUACAAUCAAUAACAUUGAGUCCUAAUUCCAGUAAACCAAACACAGAACCUGUUGACAUACCUCUAUUGAGACAACAAGUAAAUUAUUUGUAUAAUUUGGUUUCAAUAAACUACUUUGAAUUAUUAUUAGUGUAACAAUUUGUUUAAACGUGUUCAUUUUUUUUUAUUUCAGAUACGUGGCGCCGAUAUUUUACCUACAGUUCGAUUUUACAAACAAGGAUAUCCCAUUUCUAUAUAUAUCACUGAAUUUAUUCGCAAGUUUGCAGUGUUUCUGUCUACAAGUUUAAAAACCGAUGAUUCUAAUAACACUAUUAAAGACCAUCGACAAUGUGUUUCUGAAAUUAUGAGUAAAGCUGAUAUAGAUGAAUCAUUAUACAAAAUUGGAGUUAAUCAGGUAAAUUUUAAAUAUUCAUCUCAUUUAACACAAUCGCUGCGUACACUUGGCGUUAUAUGAUAUACUAAUUUUAAUAUACUUGUAUUUCGGUCAGCGUUAAAACUUGUACUUUAAUUUUAUGUCAACGUUGUCUAUAAACAUUAUUAAAUAUAAUUUUGAAAACAGUUUCUAAAAAUAACCAUUUAUUUUAUAUUUAUGUAAUAAUAUUCCCUAAUUACCUACUUUUAUCAUGUAUGCAAUGCGGUAGGUGCUACUAAAAUAUGAUAUGCAGCAAACGUGUUAAAAAUAUUUAGAUUAUUAAAUUACUACUUAAUAGGUAUCUACAAAUGUGAAUUGUGUAUAAUUUUAUUAAAGUUGUAUUCAUACAUACAAUUUCUAUUAAUUUAAUUUAAACUGUUUAUAUUAUAAAAAAUAACAAAAAUAAUUUUUUAGCUCAUUUACUAUCCCAAAAAUAGGUAUAAUAUAAACUAAUAACUAAAAACAUCAUCAUUGUAAACCAAUGUUUUUGCUAUCCUAUCUUAUUACUUUAUUAUAGUCUAGAAUUAUAAUAAUGAGCGUUUUCAAUAUUAAUAUUUUUACUUAUGAAUUUGAUGAAAAUAGUUUAGAAAUUAAAUUAAAAUUCCUAGUGGAAGUGUUGAUAUUAUUUUAUAUUUGAUUAUUUUUUUUUUUUAAAUGUUCAGUUAACAAAAAAUAAAAAUAAAUUGACACAUGUCAUAUAUCAAUAGACUUUUUGUAAUGUUGUAAACAGCUUUUCUAGUUAAAAUUUAAAAAAAAACAAUUGGACACUAUUAGUCUAAAACAGGUAAUAAUUAAAACAUAGUAAAUAUAUACAUACAUAAAUACAAAUAGUGUGUUUAAUGUCUAAAAACUAGAGAAACAUGUUGUUAUUCACUACAGACUUAAUAAAUCAACUGUCUAAAAUCUGAAAUAUUGAGAUUAUAUAUAAAAUAUAUUUUUCAAGUUGGGUUAUGGGUUAUUUUUAUUUUGCAUGAUAAAAAAUUCUAAACAAAUUAAUUAAAAAAAAUUAAUUUUCGGAAAAAUUGACAACCAAGACAUUAAUAAGAUUACUCAUAUUAAGUUAUUUUCAAGUUAUAUUCACUUUUUUUAGAAAUAAAAAAAAAAGAAAGAAAGUAUUAAUUGUUAAUUUACUAUACCUAUAAAAAAUAAUUAUUUAAUCUAUGAUAAAAUAAUUACUAACUAAAUAAGAACUUCCUAACAAUUUACCUAAUUAUUAAUUGUCAUCCUGGAUAUUCAUGAUAUCUUGUAAAAUACCUUCAUCAAAUCUAGUUCUUAUAUUACUUAAUAUUGAUAGAAAAAAAAGCUAUUGCUACUGUUAGGUGCACCAUUGUUAUAGAUGGGAAGUUGGAAAGGUAGAUUCAUAAAGUUAUUUAAUUUAUAUCUGUAAGCAGUGAGCAACCUAAAACCAUUGCUAACGAAAAACUAUUCUGAGCAAAGUUUGUUUAUACAUAAUUUGUAAGGCCAUAAUAAUAUUUACAAUUUUCUUCAAUAUUUGAUCUUAAAACAAUUAUAUAAAAAAAAAAUCUAAUAUCAUUCCACUCCACAUUUCUAUUUGAACACUAAGUACAUCUUAUAACGAACCUUCUGUUAAACUGUCAUGCAUUUUCGGUUGGUCAAAAACUUAUUAUAUUCACAUAGUAUCUAUCAAUUAAAAACCAAAAAAAAACAAAAAAAUGUAAAUAAUAUUUAUAUAUAUAUAAUGUUUAUAACUAGCUCAAAAAUCACCAAAAUGUUUUGAAAAACAAUUUAACCACGUCUAUAAAAAGUAAAUAUAAGUUUUCUAUCAUAAGUUUUAGCCUAUACACAUAUUUUUAACCGAAUUGCAUAAAAUUAACAAAAUUUAAAAUAGUGAAAACAUUACUGUAAAUUUAAAACAAUGAAAUUAUUACCCUAUACAUUUUACAGUUUUCAUUUUUUCAGUUUUUACAUUAUUAUGAAAACCUCUUGGAGAAUUAGAAAAGUGCUACACUUGAUACAUCGGCACAAGUUUUCUAUUUUUAUUUGAAAAUUUGCUCAAAAAAAAAUAAAAAGACAUCAUAGUAAAACUAAUAGAUUCUUUGAUCCACUUAAAAUCUCGAACGUAUUUUGAAAAUAAAAUGUAUUUAUUUAUUAAAAAUUUGUUUAGAACCCGUGUAAUAUUUUUUGUUUGAGAAUAGACAAUAACUCUUUUAUAGUUUGGUUUUGUUUUCAAAAUGAUAAAUUGUGGAUUAAUUUUUGGUUUUUUUCAUGUAAUAUUUUCAAUAUAACCGGUUUAUUCAGAAAUCAGUUAUAACCUGUUUUAAGCCCAUGUAGUAUUAAGUACUUACAUUCAUUAUAAAUCACUAUAUACAUCAAUGUAAGUGUCAAGUGUAUGAUAAGUCAUUAAAUAUCUAGUUAGAAUAAAUGAAAAAUUAUACUCGAUACCGUAUUUCCUCAUAUACUCUGUGCUCUAUGUUGCGGUGAAAUUAUAGGAGGAGGCAGGAGAUGUCUAAUACACAAAUUGUGUGUUGAACAAAAUAUUUAAAUUUACCAAAUCUAUAAUUUAAAACAACUAAUAAUUAAAUUUUUUAAAUAUUUAUAAUAUACAAUUUUUUUUUUUAAUUAAAACUAUAAAUAAAAAUUAUUUUUAACUAGUACCUAUAAUUAAUUUAUGUUUCAUUUAUAAAAAGAAAUUUACCUGAUUUCUACAUUUCUGGGCAAAUGGAUACCUACAUUGUAAAAAUCAAGUAUAUACCUGGUAAUAUAUACAACAAUUUUGUUCAGAAUAGAAUGUAUUAUUGUUACAAUACUAUAAUAAAAAUGAUUACAUCAUUGCAUAAACUUGUACUGCUAAGUCGUCUCAUGAUAUUACGAUAAUAUAUGAUUAUUUGAAUAAUUGUAGGUAUUAUUGGUCGGAGUUGAUUACUUGUUGAUACUUGAUUAUAUUUCCAUUAUUAACUUGUGUUGUGUUAUUAUAUCAUAAACUGUUGGCUGGUGUGUACCUACUUAUUUGAAUUUAACAUCAACAAUUUAAGAUACUAUUUCUAAAUAAAUAUCUUGAGUUUGGUACAAGUGCUAAAAUUAAUUAUUUAAAUGAUUUUUGAACUAUCAACAAAACAUUUUAAACUAAUCAAACCAGAUUCAAGCCUAUUAAAGUGCGUGUUUAUACUAUAGUAAUUAUUAUUAUUUACUAAUACCUAUGUUGUUAAAUUAUCCACCAUUAUUUCAUAAUUAAUUUGUUUUAACAAGGAGUAAAAAUGGUUUGUUGGGUGUCGCUUCUACUUUGUAAAAAGUUCUGACACUUUUUAAAAAGCUAUUAAUUUACAUUUUACUGUAAUAAUAUUAAAAAUAUAAAUUUAUGCCGAGUAAUUCUUUUGUCAUUGAACACUUAUUUUUAGUAAUGAAAGUCUUAACCAUUUUUGAAUUUUUUUGUUUUAAAAACUUAAGAAACAAAUAAUUCUAAAAUGUUCCAUUAUCAUUUUUUUUACCACCCUUAUUUUAGUGCUGAAAUAACUACCUACUUUUAAUUUUUAAAUGUCAACCCAUAUUGAAAAAGCCUUAAGUAAAUGGAGUAUUAAUUUUGGUAUUGAAAUUUUUGAUUUCCGUUAACCCAUUGACGAGAUAUUAAACCUUUAAGCUUUGGUCAGAUGAAAGUAGUGAAUAUCAUAUGUGUGGCGGUGGUAUUGUAGGUGUAUAAUAUUUGCUGCUUAUACAAGUAAAUACGUAGCAUGUAUUAUGUCUAUCUAUUUAAGAAAAUAUACACGUCCAUGUAUUAUUUGGCACAUUUUAUUAUUGAUAAAACGGUUGAUUAACUGUUUUAACUUGAGAACUAAAAUGGUUUUGAAUACAUUUAUUAAACCAGUGUAUAUAAAUACAAUUAAUGUAUAGUAAUAUAAUAAUAUUAGAGUAUAUCAUUAUAUACAUGGUACCUACUUACAUGAACUCCCAUAGGGAAUCUAUCAGGGAGGGACAUAAUAAAAUAAAUCACCAAAAAAGUACUUAAAAUAAUUUGAAAUUUUGAAGUCCUGUUGCCUAUGUCUACUUAUUAAUUUGAUUGCAUACUAUUUACUAUUUUAUUGUUGAUGUACCAGUUUUGUUAUGAUAUAUGCAAUUCUUUUAGAUUCUGAGUGCAUAGAAGAAUGCAUAGAUUUUAUUAUCAUGUAUACGGUUUUUAAAUUCGGAGCGUAGCGAGGGAUCUAUUGGUUUUACUAUGUGUGUUUUUAUUUAAUUUUCCCGUCUGUGAAUACCUUUUCCACUAGAAAAUUUGCUCCGAAGUAUGGACAGCACUUUUUAUGAAUGGUAAUUUUUUCUCGUUGGUACAUUGGGGUAGUAAUUUUUUCGAUUUUCCAAGAGGUUUUCGAAAUAAUCCGGAAAAACCGAAAGAAAAUUAUAGUUUAAGUAAAUAUUUAUGGCGCGACGUGGAGUUACCGUUUUCAUUGUUUUUAUUAUUAUGCCACGAUGCUUUCUACCAUAAAUAUUGCUCCAAUCCAAAAAUGACAAGAUAUCGAUUUUAUUUCUUAUCUUUUCGCCACUGAUUGAAUAACUGGUUUUUCGAUAUCCAAAGUAAUUUCCCUAUUAUUUAUAGAGAAAGAAUUAAAAAUUUAAAUUGAUUAAUAUUUAUAGUAAAGGAGCCUUCUGGUUUAAUUAUGUUUAACUUAUGUUUUCUAUCAGAAAUAUUACUCCAGUCGAAAAUUAUAAAAUAGAUUUCUUCUAACAUAUAGCUACUGACAAAGGAAGUCGUUUUUUUUGUAUCCAAAGUAUUUUUCAUAACAAUUGAAAAACCCAAUAAAAAACGAAAUAUACGAUUUUUACGGCUCAAUAACGUAUAAAUUAUUUUAAAUUUUCAAAGCUUAUGUUUCCAAUUCUAAAUAUUGCUCUAAUAAGUAAAACGUAUUAUUUAUAUUUGGUAUUUAUAAAAUUGAAAUAAUUUUUUGUUAAAAGUUCAUCGGAUAAUUCAAUUAAGUAUAUUUCAUCAAUAUUUAUAGAUGAGGUGGAUAUUUAAAUUCUUAAUAACUCUUACAACUAUUAUUUGGGUGAUUGUAGAAUUCUAUCGAUUUAGUUUUUAAACUUUUAAAAUUCUGGAAUUCUCCAACAGAUUUGGAUAAUUUAACAUAAUAUUAUUAGAUUUAAAAAAUGACAGCUUAAUUUAAAUAUUAUUCUCUACCUUUAGAUGGUCGAUAACUCUCUUCGUGAAAUUGAAUGCAUACAUACGUAGUUUGUAUAACUUUCUGUCUGGAUUUUUCAAGAUUAAAGUUUAUUAAUUGUUUUUGUUUACUUCCAAACUUAUAAUGCAUAAUAUUUACAUUUAAAAAUGAUUUUCGAUUAAUAUUUUAUAAAAGUAUGGCUUUCCUUUUUUUCUUUCCUGUUUGGUCACUUUUUUCAUUAAUUCAAAAUAUCUAUUGUAAAUUUAAUGUAAUUAAUGAAACAUGUAUUAGUUUAAUGAAAAGUAAAAAGGUGGUUGGAUUAUGAACAAUUAUAAAUGCAUAUAAAGGUAAAAACUUUGAGGAAUAUGAGAAGGGUAAUUUACACAGAAAUUUCGGUGAUUUUUUUUUUUUUUUUUUUUUGGUAGCUGUUGAUACCUAUGCUGGGCAUUUUGUUAAAUUUGCCACGCGGUCGUCAGAACAUUUGGCACAUUCAGGAGGUUAAAUAAAACUUUAAAAAUGAUUAAAAAAAAGAUCUAAUACGCUGUAGAUGGGUUUGCCGUUGUUGUAUGUAUAAAAUUUUAAGGUAGGAUUUAUAGAGUAGCUUAUUUUAUAUGUGUUCCCAACGAUGAAUCAUUGUUUUCGAAGAACGAUUCUGAGCGAAGAUAAAAACUUUAUAUAUUAUGUAAAAAAAAUACUACUAAAAUACAUUGAAUUUUUUUUUACCUCUAAAUACAACUUAUAAUGAACCUUGUUUUAUAUUUUGAAACAUUUUUGCUGAAAUAAAUUAAUUGUAUUUACAUAAUAAAAUCAAACAAUUAAUUUGAAAUUUUACCAUAUCUGUUAAAUGCUAACAUAAAUAUUCUGUUAAAAUAUGUUCUAUACAAUUUUAUUUAACUAAAUUACAAAAAAAAAAAAAACAAAAUCAAAGAUAACAGGAACUGUUAUUACAUAUAUUGUUUCGUUUUUACGAUGUUUUUUUCCAAUUAUUUAAAAAGCUUUAAUUAAAAUUUUAAAAAAUUAAUAAUUUCCCCGAUUCAUCCAUCAAUUUGACAACAUUUUCUACUAGAAACAACCAAAAAUAAAAAAUAAAAAUCAUACCAUCAGUAAAAGCAAUACAUUCUUCGCAUUGCUCAGAAUCUAAAAAUAACAUUGUAUAAAUUUCGAUAUUGCCAAUGAGUGAGUAGAAAUUCUGCAGAAAACAACUCUUAUUUGAUAUUAUUAAGUACCUACUUGACUUAAAUUUUUUAUGAGUGCAUUGUUUUCUGAAAUUAAUUUAAGUAGCUACAUGUAAAAGUACAUGUAUAUAGUAUUAAUUUUCAGUUAUGAAAAUAUGAUUUAUAGGUUUUAUAUUAAAAAAUCAACAUAUAUACUUUUGUUAUUCUUAACGAGUGAUUUGUUGGCAAGAUAAAAAAUAAACGGUCGUGAUAUAUCGAAAGAAUCCUGUGUACAUAUUGUGUACAUACAUAUUCAUAUUUUACUUGGCAUAAAUUUAUUGUUAUAACAUAUUGUAAUGUACACAAUAUGCAGUAUCUAUACCGUUUUGAACGACAAAUAUAAAAUAUGAUUGCAAUGAUUUCACCGGAGAAUGAUACGCUUUAUUAAGACAUAAUAAUUUUGAUAGUAUACAUUGUUAACGUACCUAUGUAUAAUAAUGGGAUUUGUUGUUCCCGUAUUAUAUUUUAAUAGUGUGAAACAUUUUAAAGUACAAAAAGAAUAAAUUGUCCUUUUAAAUUGAAUUUAUUAUGUCUAUGAGCAUUAGUUUAGUGGUUAAAAUGAUUUUGAAUUAGGUAAAUGCGUUUAUUUUAUAUAUAUAAUUUUUUUUUUUUUUUUUCUAAAACCAAUAAUAUGGUUUUACUAAUUUGAAAAUUACAAAUUUACUAGUAUUACCCAUUAUGUUCGUUAUAUGUUUAUUUUAUUGUUGGGUACUAUUUAUUUUUACAUAAACAGCUAGCAAUUAUUUCCAUAAACAAAUUUUCAAUAAAUUUUAAUGAGAAUAGAAGUGAAUAUUUUAUUUUGCUUACUAAAGACUUUUUAAGAGUGUAACAAAUUAAAAUAAUACGUAUUAUUCUCAUAUCCAAUCGUAAAAAAGCAACGGAAAUGCUUUUAGUGAAAAUUUCUAACUUUUCUUAUACCUGUACAACAACAAGAAGAUACGAUGACCUUGUCUAUGUUAUGAAUAAGUGAUAUAAUCAUUGUCAUGCACGUCUGAGCAAUAAGAUGAAAAAAGUGAAAUUAACUGUACUAUAGACAAAUAUUAAAGGUACAUACUAUGUAGUGUUCAUUAUUAUUAUUUCUUUAUAUUUUUUUUAUACUUCGUACAUCUGAAAGAAUACAAAUAAAGUUUGUUUAUAGACUACAUGACACUGUAUAUGUGUAUAUAUAUAUUUAUUUUUUUUCAAUUUAUUUUGGUUAUCUGUAAAAUUGAAAUAUAAUAUGCUGUAUAACUGUAUAAGAUAUAGAUCUCUGUGUGAGAUACUCAUAGGUUCCAAAACAAAAUCAGAAUUUAAAAAAAUUAAUAUUGAAAUAUCAUAUUUAUUUAUUAUAAUAUUUUAGUUUUUUUAAUAAAUUGUACUAUUAAAAUAUAUUAAAUGUACUUAAUUUAACUAAUAUAAUUCAAUAAUUAUUUUUUGUAGCUUUUUUUUUAAAAAAAAAAAAACUGUAAAUGCCAUUGCAAAACUGUUAUAUCAUUGUUAAAUUUCAGUACAAAACUUUAAAAUAAUUGAAUGAAUAUGCUUCAUAACUUAAUUAGUUUCACUGUGGUAGGAAUUUGUUAUCCUUAUUGUUUCAUGUCCGUUCUAAAAAAAAAAAAAAAAAAAUACUGUAUUACUACAUGCUUUUAAUAAUAUAAUAAAAAAACAAACAGAAAGGGCAUUGCGAAUUUUGUGAGUCUAAUUUCAGAAUAGAUUUUGAAAAGCAUCGAUGAUUUUGUUAUGUAUUAUUUACACUCGCUAUUGAAUUUUGGCAAAUUAUCAAAUGGUAAAAAUAAAAUCAGUAUUUUUCGUCAUAAAACUGGAACAUUUUACGACUUUUAAAAUGCAUUUAUUUACUUAUAACGUGUUAAUGUCAUUAAAUAUCAAAUAUUAAAUUAAUGAAUCAAAAAUGUAAUCUUAAAAUUUUUCAUUUCGGUACCUAAUUGUUUUUAAUUAUAUAUAAUCAAAUAUCUGAAUAACUAUUGAACAUAUUUAUGUAAUAAAUACCUACUCCAUAGUUUAUAUUCUAUUUAAAUUAUUACCUAAUAUCUUAUAAUUUCGUGUUUAUAUUCUGUUUUUAAAAAUACCAUACUCACGUGUAUUUUUCUUAUUACUAGUUUAUUUAUUUUUGUUUUAAGUUUUUUAUCGCCACUGAAACGUCUUGACGUAAGAAUAUAUUCGUAUAAUAGAAUGCUCUAAACCAGUGUUUCCAAAACGUGGUCCACGGACCCCUAAGGAUUCGGAUGUAUACCUGAAGGGUUCACGAACGUAAACUGAAAAUACUAUUUUAUAGUAUACAUAAAAACAAAAAUAUUGAUGUAUAAAAAGGUAUAAGAGAGGGUCCGCGAUCAUUUUUACUAUCUCUAAGGGGUCAAGCAGAGAAAAAGUUUGGGGAACGGUGCUUUAAACAAAUUAUUAAAAAAUCUUAGCGAAAUUGUUAUCAUGAAUUCAGAAGUCUGUGCGAUCCGCAAGAACAAUAUUUAAAUUGUUCGUGUGAAAUACAUAUCGGCCUGUAGUUGUUAUAUAAAGAGCCACGUUUUAAGUUUUGAUAAUUUUUUUUUUUAUAAUAAAAAUAUAGUCAUAUUACGUGAACCGAAAUUGCAUUCCAGUCCGCGCCAUAUGGAAUGAGUUGUUAAACAAAUUGUAUAAUAAACAUAUAAUGAAUUUACUCAUAGAAAUAUGUAUCUAACAAAAAUAUUUUAAAUUUAUUUUGCCUUUGACAACAUUAUAAUAUUAAUCGACACGAUUAUGCUCCUAGUAUAAAACAACAGGAGCAAUAAGCAUUAUUGUAACAUGAAUUCAGAAUUGGUAAUAUUGAAACGUUCCAGAAGUAGUCUAUAGUCAAUAUGUGAUCUGGGCAAUUGCAAUUGCUUUGUAAACAGUUUUUCACUCUUAAAUAUAACAUUAAAAAUCCGCCAAAAUCCAAUCGAAUGAAAUAGAUGAAAUUGCCUACUCAAAUAUUUUAAAUAAGAUUUUGCCCGAGUCCUAUCAUAUUUUCAACGAAACUAGACUGGAACCCGAAAUUUCGAAUCGGAUUAACUCUUUUGUUAUGACUAUAAAAUACCAUAGUUCCAUUUUAUACUAUUUGUACAUAAAAUUUGAGAUAAAAAUAAAACGGAAACAGUGUUGGCAAACCGUCAGAAGAAUAACAAAUUACUUACACCAUUAUGAACGUCUAAUAUGCGCGCUUUGAUAUAAAUGGUUCUAAUUUUCAAACGGGAUUUUCACCUCAUCUCUUCAUCAAAACGCGCGUUUUUAGGUGUGUUUAAUUAAAGAAAAUAUUUGGUGCUACGGAAUUAAAAAUAAAAAGUUCAAUUUUUAUAGUUGUAAUUUUUAAUAUUAUCGAGCAUAGGUAGUAUACAUAAAUAUGAAAAACUGCAAUGGAUUCUCUCAGUACCUGCGUUCCUAUAAUAUAGGCGGUAUUUAAAAUUAUUGUAUAAUUAGGUCGAAUACGGUAUACCGUUGAUCAUCGCGCGGCCGAGUUCGGCCGAAGGGAAAUCACUACGCGCUAGGCGUUCGUUUCUGCAGUCCGACCGCCAGGAACUUUAAUGAGCUUAUCUAUUCCGCGGGCCAUUAUUAUAAAUGCAUGAUUACAAAUAUAUAGUAAACAUCUACUCUCGCGUGUGCCAGAAAAAAAAAAAUUAACGCAUUUCUCGUGGACAAUUUACUUUCCAACCGUACCUCGAUCCCGGCGUAUUCUCGUGUUCACGAUGCAGUUCGUCGUAACGCAUAAUCAGUGGUACAAUUACCUCAUCAUAAACCUCGGAGAAGGAGCUAGCUUGAGCUUCACCAUAAUAUUAAAUAAACCUGAUUGAUGGAACCCUCUGGUCUUCAUCCCCUAUUUAUUGCUGCACCACUGCGGUGCCUAAUAGUACCCGCCAUAUUAAAUACCUGCAGUGGUCCCCAAAUAAUUCGUUUUCAUCUUUGGAUUUUUCGUGCUUGUACGGUACCUAUUUAUAAUGUUCACAACGCCGCAGUGGAUUACCCAGACAUUUUUUUUCGGAGUAAGCCCGAUAUGUUUGAACGGGAAAGACUGUAAUACUGUACUUUUUGAUUUUGAAAUGGUGUCAGUUUUGUUAAUUCGUCGAGCCCGAGUUUGUCACAGAAUUCGCGGGACGAUAUUUAAAAAUAUCAGAUCCAGAUAAAAAAAAAAAAAUACAAUUUCGACAGAUCAAUAUUAAUUGAACAUUUUUUUUUGGAGAAGAGUUCGCGUUAGACCCGGGCCUACCAGGGCUAUCCGAUAGGUACGCGGCACCGCGCGCACCUCCUGCAACGCGUACCAAGUACCAAUUAUAUUAUGUUCCGUCGACAAAUCGUCGCGCUUUACAAUAGGAAUGCCACGAUUUGUCUACUUAAUAUUAUUAUAUUUUUUUUUUCGCCGCGACGAUGAUUGUUACAGAUGACGAUCGACGUCGUUGUAGUACUAUUAUGUGCGCAUACGUAUUUUAACGUGUACCUAUAUGAAGGUCGUCGUUCGGGCGCGAAACCAGUUUUUAAUACAUAUAUACAAUACAAGUGUAUACGCGACGCGAGCGCGCGCGUGAAUGGACCCGAAACGAAGUCGGCGACCAGAGACAUUGGCCGCUGGACACACGGACAGUUAUGUCGGCUGUACCAGACGCGCCGGAUGUGUUUAUCGUCGUCGUAUCCGAUCGUGUCGAAUCUGUCUGCGACGUUGAAUUUGCGGUACCGCCGCCGCUGUUGUGAUGUGUUAUCUCGCGUUCAUAUGGUCGUAGUGCCGGCGCGACUUCGACGGUGGAUUUGUCGUUGUCGGUCGCUGCAGUUGUUGGCGGUGUCAGUACUGUUGGCGCUGCUGCAGUGUCCGUCGUUACUGGACCACGUCGUCCCGGUGUUGUUGGCGUACGCGCUCAUGCCACCUGUUGCUGCGGCCGACGAUCGCCGGUGCACGAUCGCCGGGGCCGACACCGCCGGUGUCGGAGGUUCUCGCGUCCGCGAGACCAAAAAAGCGUUACUCGACCGUUCCAACGGCGCGGGUACAGGUGGCGGCGGCGGCAUAUGCAGUCGGUCAUCGCGGUCCUCGCAGUUCGUGGCUAAAGGCACCGUGUCCAAAAUAACGGAAAAAUUUCAGACACAGCCGGUACCACCGCCGCGAACCACGCGGAUACCGAAACUUCUGCAGCAUCGGUCACCCGUAACGCAAGGCUCGUUACCGCCGCCGUUGCCGCCACUACCCCCGCCGGCCGUCGUCAAAUACGAAAUAAAAAAGCGACAGGAAAAACUCUUGGGUGAACUACAUCGUCAUCAACGCCGGGUUGACGAUCGGACGUCAUCAUUUUCUUGCAGUGGACCGUUGAUUAACGAGGGUACCCGGGACAGCGCCGCGUCUUCAGAUUGCGGUAGCUGCAGUUCUGACUCGGAGAAAUCGGUCUGUUUUGGCGGCGGUCUUAUAGAAGACCCGUCGGUGACGGCCGUAGACGAGAAACCCGGUUCGCCGCACAGCUCGGGGUACGAGUCGGUCGAAGAGACGGCCAGUACUACUGAAUUCGCCCAGACCCCGCCACCGGAACCGGUACCGUACUCGUGGGUUUUUGGAGCGUGCGAACACGACAGUUCCGACGGAUUUGCAGAUUACGCGGUGGCGUCGUCGUCGUCUUCCGACGAAUCGAUGAUCGAUGCUGGCACCACCGUCGCCGCCUCGGAAGACCGACUUGAACGGUUGGUGACGUUCGCUUCGACGUCUUAUCCCGCUUUGACGAGCGCAAAGCCGGACCAAGACGGCCGAGGCGACGACGAUAACGCGCCCACAGGGGUUCGCCGACAUUUCGGACGAAAUGACGUAGCGACGCCCAUUGCUGUUUCGGCGGGAUGUCUUUCACCCAUACCCGAAUGUUCGUCUACUGAACCGAUCAGUGUGGAAACCGUCGAAGAUUGCUCCAGUGACGACGAUAACGAUAACAAGGUAUCAAUAACAAGCUCCAAACUAACGGCUCCCGGCUAGAUUAUAAUGUAACCGUCCGACGCCAUAUUACGUACAACGGGACGGUCUAUUUUCACGUCCGGCAGUGAUGUAAACGCGAGACCAAAAAAAAUGAUAUUAUAAAUAAUUGAUAAGUCCGUCUAGCGAGUUCACCAAAAAAAAAAAAAAAACACCCGUGUUCGGCAGAGCUUCGUCACUUGAAUCGAAUUAUCAUCCCGUCCAUUAUCUAUUUUUUAUUAUAUAGAAGUAUGCUUUCCAAUACAAGAAAUAACCUAAUACUUCAAUAAUACUACUUUUAAACAAAUGUCGGUUGGUAAAAGUUUAAACUCCCAAAAGUCAUAUCCUUGAUACUGAAAUGUCUUCCACUGGCUUCAAUGGGAAGGUCUGUAGGGUUGUAUAGAGCUAAAAAAUAACAUCCUUCUCCCGCGAAAACAGUAAAAUUCAUCUAAAAAAGGUAUCACUUCAAUCCACCUAAAUUAAUAAUUAAUAAUAAAUACCAAGACUAAGUGUUGUUUUAUAUGUUUCUUAAUCUUGAAAUAAAUUCCCUCGUGUUGAACCGUUGAUUCGAGAAAAAAUUACUUAUGUAUUACACAUAAGAUAGUGAUUAAAGAUUAUAAUAACAUUAUUUUGAAUAAGUUGCUUAUACAGUCUAACAUACUAUUAAAUGCUCGAUUUAUUUUCGUCCGGGAAUUAAUUAUGUUUCGGGUUCGUUUUGUAAAAAAUAGUUUAGGUUUUUUAAAACGUUUCUGGUCCGAGAACAUUGGUACAAAGUUUUUUUGUUGUUUUUCCGCAACAUUGUCUAAUGAGUAUGAUGAAUUAUUGUUAUGUUUUCAAAAUAUUUUGAUAGUCGUGAGAUAGUCAAUCAGAUAAGAGGGUUUUGUUUGUAGUCGAUAGUCAGAAGAUAGAUAUGACAAAAAAAAGUGACUCGAAGUUAUUAUAGAGAAAAUAAUGCGAGAUGAGGUAGUGUGAAGCGGAUGAAGAAAUGUUGAUGCUAAAACAAGGAAAUUCAAAAUUUAAGUGACUCGAGGAAUUCGAAUUUCAUUUUUACUGCACGGUUACGGUCGAGAAGGGCCAACAAACUCGUUUUUGGUGAAAAUGUAAUAUAUUAUGACCUAACUUUGAAAUUUGAUGUAUGUUUUCUUGUGGAAGUGCUUUACUAUUUUCGGAUUACAAUGCAUAUAUUAUCACGAUGCGAACGAAAAACGGAUGGUCACAUCGUAUGUCACAAUGUAUAAAUUAUAAAUAUAAUAUAAUAGUGUGACUAUGUAUCGCGGGCGUGAAAAAUGAAAAUAAUAGGUACUCGACCAAAGAAUUACAUUUUAUUAUGACGCGUAACGGACGGCACUUCGCCGGCGGCGCGGCGAUAUUUCGCGGGGCGUGUGGGCGCGUCGCGCGCCGAGAAUAAAAACGAUUUUUUCGGGUUACCGGAACGAUCAAACGAAUAGUAAUAAUAUUGUUAUUAUCUUUACCUACGUGUUAUUAGCCCGGAAACACGUAUGUUUACGCGUUAUAGAUUAAUAACGACGACGAUGGGAAUGCGAACGAAACGAUUAUCGUAUUGUAACGUUUAAUAUGAUGUGCACGCGUGUGCUAUAAAUACACAGGCGCGUUUUUUAAGCGCAAUAAUAUCGGUCCGUCGGGUUUUUUUUUUCUCGUAUCGAUUGGCGUACCAGAACAAAUAUGCAAUUUCCCGUUAGACCGUCGUCGUCGUCGUCGUCGUUGGCCGCGACGGGAUUAAUUCUGGACGAAAAAAUAAAAUAACUGGUUUGAAUUCGGUUCGAAAAGACCCGUAUACACGUGUGCCUCAUUCUGCACGUACGUACGCGUACGGAAGAAGACGUAACGGCGGCGGUCGUUUAUAAAUUUAUAUUCACGGCUCGUACCGUGGAAACAUAUUUUCAUAUAAUAUUUUUAUUAUUAAAUAUAUGUACGCAAUAUAUAUGGCUAAUGUUAAUCGCGUAUGUGUGUGUAUAUAACGGGGCUCGCGUGUACUUGUUGGGCGAAACGGAAUGCAUAUACCUAUAUAAACAUCGUAAUAAUUUCUGCUAGACGAUUGUUCGGUUUCGCAUCGAUUUCUGUGGAAUAUUUCCUGCGGACGCGUUUAUCAGGCCAAAAGCGUUGGACACUGCAGUGGCGAAAAAAAAAACCAAAAUAUAUAUAUAUGUGGAUGAUAAUAUUGUUUGUGUACCCGCAAUCGUUUUAGAGGUCAUUUUUUGAUUUUCCCUGCAGAGGUUUGCCUAAUGAGUGGGAAAAUACUUAGGAAAAUGGGUACAAUAUUAAACAAAUAUUAUUAUAGAAAAUAUGUGUUGUUGACAAAGCAACACUACCGACCAAACUCCGCUCAGAAUCGUGUUUUCGUUGGCAACAGUUAAUCGUUGCUUACAGGUAUACAUUAAAUUACCUAUAACAGUGGCUGCACCCGUCCCCAUUAUGCUGUCCCUAGGACAGCAUUUUUAUUAUUAUAAUACGAUUCAAAUCGGUAAAACCCUUUUAUUACGAAAACCUCGUCUUUGUCGAAUGUGUCUAUACUACGCUUAUUAUGUAUGUAAUCACAAACGACACUUGCUAGUAGAAACUAGCAAAGGUGCAAACACUACGAUUAGGGCUUUGUCCCUCACAUUCCCUCAGAAAGACAAAUUUAUGUCUAACUAAUAUUUUAUUGCUGCCAUCACAAAAUAAAUAAUAUUAGAUAACGGUUUUUUUUUUUUUUUUUUAACAAAUUUAAAUUUCAUAUAACGCCGUCUAAACACAAUUGAUCAUAAAAUCACUACAACAAUCAAUACAAUUUGGUGCUUACAUUAUUACACGGAAUUCGUACAAUAAUAAUAAUAAUCUAACAAUAACCUAACCGUUCAAUUUUAAUAAUUUAUGACAAUGAUAUUCAAGUUAUAAGUUAUCAAUAUCACUGUCAUCGCUUAUUGAUUUUACAUCACUCUUAUUUUCUCUGUGUUUUGAAUAAUAAAAUAAUGAUAUAGAUAGAUAAAUAUAUGAAUAAAUAUAUAUCGUUGUAUUUAUGCUAUAGUCUAGUUUAUUUAUUUUUAAUAUUUUUGUAUGUUGUCUGUGGAUGCUAAACUAUAUUUUUGAAUAAUCCCAGUGGGUACAACUGAACUCUCAUAACCCCCCCCCCAAUUCCGCCAAAUUAUGUUGUUUUUUCUUUCUGUUUAUGAACAACGUUUUCAUACCUGAAAUCUUGCUCUAUAACAUCGGGGUGGUUUAUGGUAGGAAAGGUUGUCUAGUUGGUGCGUUGAAAAAGAUCGUUUUUUUUUUAUUUGCCUUGUAGUUUUAUUAAUAAUUAUAGGGGGAAAAUAAUAUUUACGCAAUAACGAUUUCUGUUGUUUUUUUUUUUUUUUUUUUCAUGUAGUUCAGUGAAAAAUAAUCGCAUCUACUUGAAACUUUCACCUAAUACUCGUGCUUUAUAUCCACUCAUUAUAGAUGCGCCUAGUUAUAUUUUGAAUAAUACAAUUUGCUUACAACUUGAAACAUAUGUUUAACUGAACUUUGUUAAGAAUUGUUUUUCGUUUACAAAUUGUAUAAACUAAAUUAAACCCGUGUACUAUACGUCUUACAUCUUUCCAGCCUACAUCAGCAGUCUACCCAAAGUGCAAAAUAUAUCCUAAUUUGUUUUAUGCGAAUAACGAAAUUUAUUUGCAUUAAUUUUUACAUCAAUAAAAGCAGUUGGAAAUGUAUUUUUUAUUAUUAUUAUUUGUCAUGUUAAUGAUUUUGUUUUUAUUAAAUAAUAAUAAAAUAAUUUUUUUUUUUUAAAACGUAUACAGCCGUUAACGUACUCCAUUGGAAAUCUUAUCUCAAAAUGCAUAGGUCAGAGAACAAAAUAAUGUUAUUACGGAUAUGGCACGUAAAAUCUAUUAGAUAUCUGCCAUUCAUAAUAUUUUUUCUAAUUGAAGUUUACGAAUGUAUUAUAAUCGGAUUGCGUUUAUUUUAUUCGACAUUAUUUUAUUAUACACAUAUUAUUAUUAUUAUAUAUAUAUAUUAAUUAGUUUGUAUACAGUAUAUCCGAUAAAGGUGUAUAUAGAUAAGUGUUCUGAACACGGUACGAACAUAAUGUUUAAUAAUAAUUAAUUAGUUUAAACAAAUGUUUAAUGUUCGGUAAAAAUUUUAUUUGUACACGUAUAUUAUAGGAGACGACAAUAUGAGUAAAUGAUUUAAAUUUUCUUGCGUACCUACCAUAUUAUGUUUUGUGUGUGUGUACGUGUGUGUUUGUGUAUACGUGCGUGCACAUAACAAAUGCUUAAUAUAUGAUUAAAUCAUUAAAUCUAUGUUUAAUUUGUAUUUGUUGUUGGUUUUUUUUCUCUCUAUUAGAUUUUUUUCCGUGCCGGCAUCUUGCAGACAAUCGAAUCGCAGCGUGACGAACAAUUAUCCGGAAUCUUUACCCAGCUACAAGCCCGUUGUCGCGGAUACCUUGCACGGAAAGACUACGCCAAACGCAAAGUGAACGACAUCGCCAUACGGUGCAUACAACGGAAUGUGAAAAAGUUCAUGGUCGUCAGGGACUGGCCUUGGUGGCGGUUGUUGGUUAGAAUCACGCCUCUGCUGAACGUGCACCGGACGGAAUUCGAAUUGAAACAGAAAUCUGUGAGUAUAACCGGCACUUGAAAAAAAAUAAAUAAAAACUAAUAAUUAAUAUUAGGAAAAAAAAAAAAUGACGAUUAGGCGUGUACGACGCGUCGUGUUUAAACGCGAGAUAAAUGCGAAUUCGCAGGUCAAUUAUAAUAAUAAUUAUUAUUAUAAUUAAAUCUCUACAAUCGACAGUGGUAUAUUGCAAUUCUUAUACACGCAUAUUAUUAUUUAUAUACCUGUAUAAAAUACGUGAUUAUUUUAUGAAAUUUUAUUUAGAUAGGUAUAGUAGGCGCUGCAGUGUAUUAAAUCUCUCCGGGUUCAACGAUUCGUCUGUUUAUGUGAAAAUUAACGAUUAAUUUUUUUUUUUUAUUUUUUAUAAUAGCUCGCUGUGCACAAAAAUCGAAGUUUGCGCAUAGCGAAAUUCACACUUAACCAAGGUGGAAACGUCAACAAUUGAAAACAAUCAAUAUCUCUAAGUUGAAUUGUGCUAUUUAAAUUUUAUUUUCUUAGUUCGUUAUUAUACUUAAUUAUUACGCAUUUCUAUAGUUUACAAAUUAUUUACUAAUGCUCGGUUUCGUACUUGAGCAAAACAGCUUCAGUUUUUUUUUUUUAUUAUUAUUAGAAAUCUCUCGUUUUGACUACGGGUUUUCAUUUAUUUGUUUUUCCUUUAAUUGUAGUGCUUGAAGUCAUAAAUUGGCUGCGAGUUAUAACGUUUAUUACACUGUUGUAUCUCAACUGAUUUGAACUUGAAAAAUUGGUUCAACCACUGUAAUUUAUGGAAAAUUAAACAAAUAAUAAUCCGUGUUCAAAAUAGGAGAUUCCCAUUAAAAGAAAACACACGAGUUGCAUUGCACAUGCGCGAAUCUAUGCAUUUGUAAACACUUCCAAAACUAUACAAAUGUGUAUUACUUAGUUUCAAUCUAAAACUAUCUAAAAAGACCAAAUUAAAACUACAUAGCUCAGCGCCGAGAUAUUUAGUAUUUACAGUUACUACUAACAUACUGUAUAAUAUGUAUGUACCUAAAUACCAUUAAUGAGUUUGAAUAUUACCAUAAUAAUUUAUUUUUCAACAGCCCCCCUCGCCAAAAAAAAAAAAGAUGUUGUUUAAUAUACCCGUAGUACUUCGAUUGUAAACUACGGAUGCGAUUUAUGAUCGUUCAAAUUAAAUUUUAUCGUUUACUUCUUGUACGUUUUGUAUAGGACGAACUGGAACAGCUGCGAAGUAGGGUAGACAAGUUAGAACAAGAACGGUCGCAGCUGAAAAUGGACAACGACAGACUCGAACAGAGAGUAAGUAGAGAAAUUCUUUGAACUUUUCGACAGUGUCUUUUUUUUUCACAUUGGCGUAUUUGCCGUUUGGUAAUUGGUCACCGGCCAAAUGCAUUUAAUUUCCUCUCCCGGGGCCGGUCUAUUUUUGUGCGACCGAUAUUUUAAGACGGGACUUAGUAAAACAACAAUAGACAAACUCCUAUUUCAUUCAACUGACUGACACUUCCCCAAACAUAACGUUCAUAACGUUCUCGUCGUAUACAUUCCCGUAACCGUAACCGUGUAAUGUUCACACCGGCGUUAAUGAGAAGACGUUAUGGCGCGACGCCGUCGUCGCGAUCAUCGGUUUCGCGUUCUUUAUCACCGUUAUCGUAUAGGUCUUGUCACUCCUGCACUACCGAUCAGAGAUCGGAUUUUAACGAAAAGCUCCUCAGACUCCUCCACGAGAAUAAGGUUUACGUUUGUUUCUUCCCUUUGUUUUUCCAGUAGAUACAGUCUCGUCUUCGACUUUAAACGUGUAUGUUUUGUUUUCGCCUGUUUAUUUGAAUAUAUAGCUAGCAGAAACAACUGCCGACCUGGCCGAGGAACAUUCCACGGUUACUAUGGUUUCUGAAAGGUUACAAUUCGAGUCGGCCGAACGACAGCGCCUCGAGAAAGAAUUGCAAGAGACGCAAACGGUAAAAACUCGGCUGACCGAGACCAACGAACAAUUAGAAAUGCAAUUGUUGUGCAUGAGGUCCACCGAUCCUUCGUUAAUGUCAUCAUCGUCCUCCGUGGCCGGUACCAUGAGUGAUGACGAUAGUGCUGUAGCGACCAGUGACAAAGGUGACCAAUACUACAGGAGGAGAUAUGAGCGCGUUUGCCGGGAGUUGGAGUACGCGAAAAAGCGAUUGCAACAGCAACACAACGACGACAUGGAGCAACUAUUGGCAAUGAAAAAGCAGCUUGAAAAGAAAGUUAGUACAAUAAUAUUGAUACUAAUGCUAUAUUUUCUAAUCUUCUUGCUAUACCGGCGAUAUUCCAAAUAUUUUGACAUUUUGUAUUUAGGUAUAAGUGUAGUACCUACAUUUUUUUUUUUUUUUUCACUGAAUUUGUCACCUUACGUGCGUUUGUUUUAUUAACAGAUAUACAUUUAUAAUAUUAUACCAUGUCAUACUCACGCGUCUUAAUCACUCGCUUCAAAACCAAUAGUUCGAUUUAUUCUGAUUUUCUAUUAUUAUAUAAUUAUCAUUGUAUAUAAAAACAUAAGGAAUAAGUUUACAUAAAAUAAAUUUUAUUUCAACACAACUGAAUAUUUAUCAAAAUAAAAAAAAAAUUAAGUUGGAAGUAAGGUAUAUAAUAUUAUUAUAUAGGGUAGGUAAUUUAAUUUAUGUACCAUGCAGUGAUGAAUCAUUAUUAACGUAAAACGAUUCUAAACCAAGUCUAGUCAUGUAUAAUUCAUAUGUACCUAAAUUUAUAUUUGUAUUAAUUCAUGAACUCCAAAAUAAAUUAUAGUUAUCCGUUUUUAUAUAAUAACCAAAAAAGUUGUAUCCGCAUAAAUCGAAUAAUAUAGUGACAUAUCCAUUUUUACCAUCAAAAUUCUAACUUUAAAUACUUAUAAAACAAAAACCGUGACUACAGAUUUUUGAUAUUUUUAAAGUGUUAUAAAAACAAUUUAUUAAUAAUUAAUAAUGAACUUAGUAUCAAAGUUUCAAACAAAUUUCAUUCAUAUACAAGUAUUUGGCGAACAGUAAAGUAAUGAUUAUGUUUGAUUUAUAAUAAUUUCUUUAAUAACAACAAAAAUACCAGUAUCAAAAAUCGUUAUCACGCAAAUAUUUCUUAUUUAAUUUAAAACUACUUUAAUUAAAAAUCGAAACGUAAAUGCAUUUUUAACCGUUAUUUUACAAAGUAUUUAUAUAAAAACAAUGAUAAAUUGUAUCCUCUAUUAGCGGGAGAAAACAUUUGAUUUAGCUCCCUCCAAGAAAAAAGAACGUCCGCUAUCCAGAAGCUUCGAAUAAGAGAAUUUCCAUUGUAUUAAAAAGCUUGAAUAACUUUCAGUUGGCUGGUGUUUAUGAAGAUGUAGAAGAACAACGUCAAGUAGUUGCACAAUGGAAACGAAAAGUCAACAAACUAAACUCUGAAUCAAAUGAUCUUAAACUCAUGUUAGAAGAAAGCAACUCACGAAACAAUUUACUGGAAAAGAAACAAAAAAAGUGAGUAUGAACAAUAUUUUUAUUACCAAAUAUAUUAAUUUAAGUGAGUAAUGAAUUAGUUAUAGGUUCUAUACUUGGUAAAAAGCGAGAAAAAAUGAAUUAUAUAAUACUAUUAUGUACACAUAAUAUGUUGUAGGCAGUAUUUAUAUAAAUAAUUAUUGCAGAUUUGAUACAGAGCUGCAUUCUUUACAAGAAGAAUUAAAGAAAGAAAAAGCUCAAAAAGAAAAAAUUACUAGAGAAAAAGAUAUGGCAUUAUCGGAUAAAUUUUCAAUUGAACAGAUCCUAAGUGUUAGUUUUCUUGUUUAAAAAAUAAUAAUAAUAACACAAAAAUUAAUAUCCGUCUAUCUAAUGUUUUUAUAUUUCAGAGUGUUAAAUUAGAAUUGGAAUUGAAGGAACAGAAAGUGGCUGGUUUAAAUCGUGAAUUACAAGAAUUAACUUUUAGUGGUAACACUGAAGAAGAAGUCGCUGCCCUCAAGCGGUCCAAACAUCAGUUGGAAAGUAAGCUCAAAGAUCAAGAAGAAGAACUGGAUGAUUUGGCUGGUCAGGUGCAAUUAUUGGAGCAAGUGAAGACUCGUUUAGAGAUGGGACUUGAACAAGAACGAAAAGAACACCGACGAGAGUUGGCUCAGCGUGAACAAGAAAACGAAGAAACUCGCUGUUCAGCAUCAAAGAAGAUCAAAGCACUGGAAUGUGAAAUCGAAAACGAGCAUGAAGAGAGAACAGCUCUGAUUCGGGAACGUCAUGAUUUGGAAAGACGAUUGGUCGACUUUGAAGACAGAGAACGGUGUCGAAGCAUGAACGACCAAGAGACCAUAUCCCGACUGAGGAGAGACAUAAAAAAACUCAAGGCUCUAUUGAGGGAUGCGCAGACGGUACAGGAACAACGAAGUGAUAGUCAAGCAAAUCGCAUAGCAAUGCGGCAGUUAAGAAAUCAACUUGAAGACGCAGAGAGUGCUAGGGAUUCGGCUAUCAAGGCUCGGGGAAUAGCUGAAACGGACCUAGCUGAAGUAACCGUCUCUUUGGAAGAAGUGCAGUUAGCAAGACGAGCAGCCGAAGAUCGUGCGACCGGCCUGGCUCGGGAUAAGAAUCAUUUGCAGAGCCAACUGGACGAGAACGAAGAGGAGUUAGCCGAAGUUUUGAAAAAGUAUCGGGGCACAGUACAGCAGCUAAGUGCCGAGCAGACCGUCCAACAAGAGCAAGCAGGACGUAUUGCCGAGCUGGAAACUGAUAAGGCUAAUUUACAAGAACGGUUAGCUGAGUUGACUUUCCGUUUAGACAAUAUGGAGACCCACGGCGACCCAGCGGGUUCGCUGAACUUAAAGCGACUGCAACUACGUGUCACCGAACUGGAGUCAAAAUUACAACUAGAGCUGACUACCCGGACCAGGCUUGAGGUGCAAAUAGCUCGGCUGAAAGAGAUGAUGGAGCGGUUGGAGAGCGAACGAGAGAUGGCCAAUGGCAAAGAGAAUGCCGCACAAGAGGCGGUGCGCAAAAUGCAGCGUUCAUUGCGGGAGGCUCGAGAGUCAAUGGCCGAGAAGGAAUCUAAAGAGACGGCUGAUGUGAAUCGGAAACGGGCAUUAGAAAAACGAGCCGAACAGGCAGAAUCAGAAGUAACCACUGUCAAGGCCGACUUAGCCCUAGCUCUCCAGCGAAUAGAUGACCUCCAAGCCGCCCUGACAGGUGACCUUGACGAUGAUGACGAAUUCCAGUCUGACAGUGAUGACGACGAUGGUGAUGGGGACAGUGAUGAUUCUGUCACCACUUUUUUGGCCAACCAAGGGACCAGAAAUAUCUCAAUCCUACAACAACCGAAAGUGAGUUAAGGCUAUACUAGAUUUUGUUUUACUAUAACAGUAAUUAUCAAUAGCUAUUAUUUUUAUGAUAUGCACAUUUUUUAUCAAUUUCUUUUGAACUGGUUGAAUUUGAAUGCAUAAUCUUAAAUUUCCAAUCCUCCAUUAACUACUACAAAUUUUUCAAAUAUACUGUUAAACAUUAACCUUUUUCUAUUGAUAAAAUUUGGGGGUAUUUUUUUAUAGUUAAAGCACGUCUCAAGUAUCUGAACUCGUUAAGAAUAUUUAAAUUUACGAGGAUUAGUCAAAUAAUUAGUCACAUUAAUAGUUUUCAAUCCUCGACUGAAAUACAUUUUAUAUAGGUCCCUAGUUACAAUUUUACAAAAAAAAUUAACUUAAAACAGACAAGAACAUAAAGCUGUUAUGGGAGUUGAAAAAAAAUCAACAUAAAUUCAUAUUUUGUUUAUUAAAAAAUAUUUAUAAUAAAUAGCUUUUGAAUUCAUAUUGUAAUUAGGCAAAAUAAAUGUGGGAGUAUAAAUUAAUGUGUUAAAACUUAUUUUAUAAUAUAAUAAUUAUGAUUCGUUAUGGUCUGUUACAGAAUGUGGAUUAAAAUUAAUGACUAGUAAAUUUCCUGAAGAGUUUGCACCAAAGUAUUAUUCAAAUACAAUUAUAUAUUAAAUUGUGUAUAUGUUAAAAGUUACUUAAUUAUGAGUUAUUUUAUUAUUAUUAUUAUUAUUUAUAUUUAUGCAUUAUACUUAAGUGCCCUAUGAAUUUGAUUGUGAUUUUCACUACCCUCUAGCUCUCUAUUAUACUUUAUUAUUAUUCCCUUUCCCAGUGUCUUCCAACAACCAAAGGACCAAAUACAAAAAUGAACAAACUUAAUUAAUUUACCGUCCACUGACGCAAUAAUAUUUGAUUUUGUUUUUUUAUUCAAUGUCAUAUUUUGUACUGAAAUAACGAAAUUUGUAUUGUAUUAUGUAAUAAAAUGUUAUAAUUUUUUUUUUUUACUAUCGUUUAUAUACACUUACUGUGCGUCCUACCAAACUGUGCAAUAACAUGUUCAAUAAACCUAUGUUAAAUAGGUAUCUCUCGUAAUUUAAAUAUUGUAGUAUUUACAUCAUAAUGUCUACAGUUUAGAGAAAGAUGAAUAUCAUAUAUGUUAUAUAUUUUACAGAACAAACGUGUGACAAUUUACAAAUUUUUUUUUAUAGUUCAUUCGAAAUCAAUUUUACCCUCAGACUUGAAUAAAACCAAAUAAAUUAAUAAAUAAAUACUAUUAACUACAUUGUAAAUUAGUAUAUCGUUUAAUUGUCUAUAUAAACCUGGGGUUCUGUAUUAUAGAACUGUAAAUCUACCCUAGUUUUGGUACAUAAUAAUAAUGAAGUAUUUAUAGGAAGCAUAAUAUAUAAUAUUUUUUAUUAUAUAUAUUAGGUAUAAGUAUAUUGAAGUAUUGCAGUAUUUCAAAACAUGUUGAAUCAAAUUUCACUCAAAAAUCAGAAUCACUUUUUUUCAUUAGCAAUAAUUUAUUGUUACAUACAUGCAAAUAUAAACAAACAAAUAUAACUAUGUAUUCCACAUUUUUUUUUUUGUAUUCGUAAUUAAAAUUGAUUAUACAUAUAUGUUUAAAGUUAGAAUUUCUUAUAAUAAUGAUGUUCAACUGUCAUAUUUUUUCUCACUGGUAUAUGAAACUUGUUCAAAUAAAGUAUUGCCAUUUGAAAAAAAAUAUAUGCCUUCAUGUAGGAGCCCUUUUUAACCCACAUAAACCCAGUGGCCUAUAUGUAGGACACCGGAAAUUAUUGCUAUCAGUUUUAUUUUUAGAAUUUUCCCCAUAUUAUCGAUUUACUGUUGGAAAAUAUAAUAAUCGACCCGAUGAUAUUAUUUUGCGUUGUAUAGUCGAACGUUAUUACGCGUUAGUAACAUUUUGUACAAAAAUUAACCUUGGGCGUAAAUGGGUUAAACUUUCCCAGUAGGACAAAAUUGGUUUAUCCAUUCAUUUUUAAUAACCAAGGUUUUUUUGGAGAAAAAACCCUGCCAUUAAAACUAAUAGUAUAACUUCUUUACUAUAUAUAUCCAGAAUUUAAAAUCCAAAUUACCAAUGGUCAUUUAAAAUUAAUAAUUACAACUAUAAUAGAUACAUAAUAUAUUGUAAUAUAUUAUUUACUCUUGGAAAAAUAUACUAUCUUAAAUGUUAAUUAUGGAUUACGUCUUAUGUUUAUUUUUUCAUUCAAGUGACUAUUUUAAUCUCAUUCAAUUGUCUACUGCAGUUAUAAGUUAACUCUGUUUCCCAGAUUUUGACAUUAGUACAGUUUACUCGUUGUAGGUACUGUUUAUGCAUUUUGAUUUUUAUUUCUACUAUAUAAGUAUAACAAUACUUACUUGGUUUUUUGAUUAUAAUUAUUAUAUAUUCGUUCUAUUGAACUUUUAAACACAUUUAUAUGUGUUUUACUUUUUGGCGUUUUAGUUUUAUCUAGCCCAAACAUGACUGAAAGAUACCGUUGUGAUUUGACGACUUACACCGUUAUUAUAAGGCAUGGGUGAAUAUUUAAAAGAUAAUAAAGUAUCAAAAUAAGUUUUUUUUUUUAUAGUAAAAAUAAUUUUCAAUUUACAAAAUUAUAGAUAUUAAUUCAAAAAUCUAUCUACCCACAACCACUCACUCGUGGUUGUUGAGAAAAGUUAAUAUUCACUUAUAUAAAUUUGCUUUCUAUUAGUUCUAUUUGUAAACCGUUUUUCCAACCAGUACAGCGUUGUCCUUGACAAUUAAAUUUGCAGAAUUUUUCAUUAGCAUUUCAAAACAGAAAUCAAUUAUCAAAAGUUUGUUAGUUAAUUUAAAAUAAUAAUAUUAAAUUAAUUUACAUAUUAUGUUCACUAAAUUGUUCAUUUUUUUUUUAUAUAUAUAUAAAAAACUAGAUUUAUCUAUUUGUUAUUGUUUAAAAUUGUUGACUAUUUCUUAAUAUUUUUUACCCAAUUAUAUGUGACGAUAAAAAAUGAAUGUAAAAAUAUUUGUGCUUAAUAAACAAAAAAAAUAUAAAUAUAUUAGAUUAAAUAAAACCAAUAGUUUAAAUUACAAUAUGUAUACAUAAAUAGUUAAUUAUUUUGUAUCCGGGUAUCCUUAGGUAUUAUAAUUAGAAUGUUUGUGUUUAUUAAUUAAAUUAUAAUAUAAUAAUACCACUUGAUCAUGUCAAUAAUAUGCUAGAUAAAUGAUAAAUAUCUGUGUUCAAUAAAAACAAUUUUUUUUUUAAAUUUAUACCGGAUUGUGUAAAUAAUUUCUGAGAUUGGAUUUUAGGAUUUAAAAUCCAUUUUUUUAGGCAUUUUUCCCAUCUGUGUACACCUUAAUUUAAUAUUAUUUACUAAUUAACACUGCUGUUUUAUUCUAACUACUAUAAUUUAGUAAUGGUUUAACUAUAAUGUAUUAAAAUAUAGUUAAACAAACCAAACAGCAUUGGUAUUAGUUUAUUAUAUAAUCUAUGAAUAAAGAACAAGUUGAUAAAUAAUAAAUCAAAUUCAAUUUUGUAAAAACAUUAAUAAACCAAUAAUAUAAUUUUAACCGGAUGUUAUUUGUUUAAGUAAACGUGUCCCAUAGCACAGUUUAAUUACCAACUAAGAACAGUUCACUAGUAAUGAAAUUCUUUCAUAAACUUGUACUGUGGAGGUAAGAUUUUAAGCCUUAAACUUUAUUUAUGUUUUACUACUGUCCAUCCAUCAUCAGGAGAAGAUUCAGACUCUUCACUAGACGAAUCAUCUUU